AUGGGUGUCACCGAGCUUAUUGAGGCUCAGAAGUACUGGCGCACCCACCUGGCAGGUGCCAAAGUGGCUGCAUUCCCUCCCCAAGACCUGCCAUGUGAGACUGGUGGGCGAUCCUACAGCCACGAUAUCGGGUUUUCAUUCAAGGAAAAUGAAUCCUACACCAGAAAUACGGCCCUACGAGCCGCCUGGGCUGUAGUCAUCGGACGGUAUUCUGAAUCGGAGGACUUUACCAUUGGUGUUUCGGCUUGCUCCUCCGGCGAUGCCAUCCCCAUGCGCUUUAGAUGGCGGAAAGAUGAUACCGUUUCUGACAUUCUGAGAGACAUUCAAUUGGAGAUGGAUCAAAUGGCCCAAUAUGAGCAGUAUGGACUUGAGAGUAUCGCGCAAGUGAGCAAGGAUGCCCAGAGCGCUUGCGACUUUACCAGUUUGAUGGCCAUCCGGACCAGAGAUGUGCAGGCCAAGGAGGAAUGUAAUCUCAAGUACGCGCUGGAAGCUCGAAUUCUCAUACGCGAGGACCGUGCCACUAUCACGUUGGCAUCUGGGGUCCUUUCCGAAGUGACGCUUGAGGCGCUUGCACAUCAAUUCAGCCACAUGGUUGAUGGCAUCUUGUCCAAUCCGGAUGCCAAGCUGAGUGAAAUCUCAAUUGCCGGUCCUUGGGAUCUAACCAAGGCCAAAAAAUGGAAUCCCCACCCGGCUCCGUCAGUACAGGGCUGCGUACAUGACUUCAUCUCGGAUAGAGCAGCCAAAAUACCCAAUCAUGAGGCCGUAUACUCAUCGGAAGGGAGCUUGACUUACAAGGAACUGGAGGAUCUGUCUACCUGUCUCAGCCACCACCUGAAGUCCCUGGGCGUGGGAUCAGAGAGCAUUGUACCCUAUUGUUUUGAGAAGUCAAUUUGGGCUAUUGUUGCAAUGCUUGGCAUCUUGAAGGCAGGAGGCGCCUUUGUUCCCCUGGAUCCUUCACACCCUCCCAGCCGGCGGAGGGCGAUCAUUGAGGAGACCGGCGCCCAAACGGUUAUCACGUCGCCCGCCUCUGCAGCCACGUGUCGAGACAUGGCCCCGGUACUCAUCGAGCUGGAUCAGGCACUCCUCGACGGUUUGUACGACAGGCAUGUUUCAGAUGAACUUCCCCAGGUUUCCCCGCGCGACGCAGCAUACAUUCUUUUCACAUCUGGCUCUACAGGCAAGCAGAAAGCCAUUGUCGUGGAGCACUCCGCCCUCUCCGGAAGUCUUCUCGGCUUCAACCGGGCCUAUGGCCUGGAUGGGGAGUCGCGAGUGCUUCAAUUUUCAAGUUUUGCUUUCGAUGUGAGCUUGAGCGAGGUGUUGGAGACUCUGGUUUUUGGAGGGACUGUUUGCAUGCCAUCGGAUAGACAGAGAAUAGAGUCUCUCCCCCAAUUUAUUCAAGAUGCUAAAGUGAACACGGCCAUGCUCACGUCGUCAUACCUCAAGGCCUUGAAGCCAUCAGAUGUGCCCUCCAUCCGCAUGUUGUUGCUCGUCGGCGAGGCUCCCACAAGAGACACCAUCCAGACGUGGUUCCCGCAUACGCGACUCAUUAAUGCAUAUGGCCCGUCUGAGGUGUCAAUCUUCAUCGGUUCAUAUGAGUAUCAGUCCCCUCAUGACCAACCGACCAACGUCGGCCGAGGCUUCAGCGGCAACAUGUGGAUUGUGGAGCCUGAGAAUCACAAUAUGAUCGCCCCUGUUGGUUGCAUUGGCGAGAUUCUGAUUGAGCGUGAUAUGGCUCGUGGAUAUCUGAACAACAAGGAACGGACAGAUGCCGCUUUUAUUCGUCAAGUGGACUUCCUGGACGUGACGUCGAUGGAUGCGGCAGUCAAGUUCCACAAGUCCGGUGACCUGGCACGGUAUAACCCUGACGGAACUAUUGAGUACCUCGGCCGUCGUGAUACUCAGACCAAAUUAAGAGGAUAUCGCAUUGAGCUAGGAGAGAUAGAGUAUAAUAUUCAACGCUGCCUCGGAAACGUUGAGUAUGUGGCUGCUGAUGUGGUCACAAUGGGCUCACAGCCUACUCUUGUUGCGUUCCUGAGCUUCACGGAUGAGGGUCACAACGUCGAAACCGGAGGUCACGACCUUCCGGAGAACUUUGUUAUUCCAUCUGAAGGUCUCAAGGAGCGGUUCGCUGCUUUGACUGGCGAACUGAAGGAUGUGCUACCUCACUAUAUGGUUCCCACGAUGUUCUUCUCUCUCAACAAGAUGCCAUUGAAUAACUCUCUUAAGCUUGAUCGUGGUAGACUGAAGAACUUCUUUGCAGAUUUGGACCAAGAACAACUGGCUCUCUUUUCGCUCACCAAAAGGGCGAAACACGAGCCAACGACUGCCAUGGAAUACAGACUUCGGUCUCUCUGGGCGCAGGUAUUUGCGAUUGAAGAAGAGCAGAUCGCUAAGACGGAUGAUUUCUUCCAGAUUGGUGGAAAUUCACUGCUUGCAAUUGAACUCAUGUCUUUGGCCCAAAAACAGAACCUUGCUCUGUCAGUGGCGGACGUGUUCCAGCACUCCAGGCUGGACGAGCUCGCAUCGAUCACUGUUGAGCAAGCCAUGGACACAUAUGACGCUCUUCCAUUUAGCAUGCUCUCUCUUCCCAAAGCAGACCUACUAUCGGAGACACAGAAAUACGAUCUAAGUGAUGUGGCCGUGGUUGAGGAUGCUUUCCAAGCCACUCCAAUUCAGGAGGCCUUGAUGGCACUUACUGUCCGUCAGCCUGGCUCAUAUCUGGAUCACCUUCUGUUUGAGAUCAGUGAUGUUACAGAUAUUGCUAGGUUUAAGACCGCCUGGGAUCAAACGGUCCAGAUGUGCGGCAACCUGCGAACCAGAAUCUUCCACCAUCAAGGCGAAACUAUGCAAGUCAUUGUGCAGAAUGACAAAACCUGGGACUUGGCCACGGGAGCCUCGAUGCGUGAGUUUAGAAAGAGCAUUGAGAGACAGCCUAUGGGAUAUGGCACAAGGCUUUGCCGUUAUGCUGUUGUGAAGGAAUCAGGAAAGCACUACUUCGCCCUCGCCAUCCACCAUGCCGUGUACGAUGGCUGGACUAUGAACGUAAUGCUCCGAACGUUAGUUCAGAACUACUUCGGACAUGCUACUUCUGUUCAUCCAUAUUCCAGGUUUGUUAAGUACACCAUGGCUGUUGGCGAGGAGGCCCAGCGUAGCUACUGGGAGAAGUAUCUUUCGGGCGUGCCACACACCCCCUUUCCUCACAACAGUACAUCGGCAGAGUGCAAGACGCAGACGAGUGUCAAGGCCCUUAGAUUCCCAAGGUCAACCAGCAGUACAGUCACUAUGGCUACCAUCAUACGUGCUGCCUGGGCCAUUAUUGUUGGAAGGCACUGCGAUACAGACGAUGUUGUGUUUGGUAUGACAAUGUCUGGCCGGCAGGCACCUGUUCCUGGUAUUGGCGAUAUUCCGGGUGUAGCUAUUGCUACUCUUCCAAUACGUACUCGCCUUGAUAGGACCAAACCAGUUUCUCAGUAUCUUCGCGAUAUUCAGGCUGAAGGCUCCGAGAUGGUUCCAUUCGAGCAGUAUGGUCUCCAGAAGAUUGCCAGAAUCAACUCCGAGACGCAGGAGGCUAGCAAGUUCCAGAACCUGCUCGUAAUUCAACCGUUUUCGGUCUUGGACGCUCUUUCGGAAUCAUCUGAGGGUAUUCUGCGACCCAUCGAACGCAUUGGAGAUACGGAGUAUGCCACCAUGGAAGGCUACUUCAAUUUUCCACUUGUUGUGCAAUGCUACAUCUCCGAUCGCGAGUCGCAUCUCCAUGUGACUUAUGACUCAAGCGUUAUUUCCUCCACCAAUGUCGAUGCCCUUACUGAGCAGUUGAACCACGUCAUUCAUCAACUAUUGACAGAGAAUAAUAAGGCCUUGGAAGCCGACGAAACUACGCUUGGAGACAUCUCAGUCAGCGGUCAAUGGGAUCUUGAACGCGCUGUGGAAGCAAACUCUGUUACGCCAACCGUAAUCGAGAAGUGCGCUCAUGAAAUCAUCGAGGAGCGAGCGCAGGCAACUCCUGACGCGCUUGCCAUUGUGGCCUGGGAUGGAAAGUUUACCUACGGGGAGUUUGACAAAGCAGCUAACAGACUGGCUCAUCACCUUGUUUAUGUCAUGGGUGUAAAGACCGGCGACUUUGUCCAUACAUGCUUUGAACACUGCGUUUGGCAUUUCAUUUCGUUCCUAGCUAUCAACAAGGCUGGCGCUGCUUGGGUUCCUCUUGAUCCAGCCCACCCCAAGGCCCGUUUAGCUCAGAUCAUCUCUCAGACUGGCGCCACCCUUGCGCUGACAUCUGAGACAAACGAGGCGCUCUGUAAGCAGGUCAUCGAUCAAACCCUUGUGAUAUCCAGAGACUUUUAUAAUGAUCUUAAAUCCACCCAUGAUGAUAAGCUGGGUAAGCCCAAGGUGGAAGUGACACCCAGCCACCCAGCUUAUGUGCUCUUCACAUCUGGAAGCACGGGUACUCCGAAGGGCUUCGUAAUUGAACACCGGUCGCUCUCUAGCGGCCAAACCAGGGCAGGGAAGUGGCUCGGAGUCACGCCCAAUGUCCGCAUUCUCCAGUUUGCGUCGUUGGUCUUCGAUCUGUCAAUUGGAGAAAUUUUCACAGCUCUGUUCCAUGGUGCUUCUAUUGCCGUACCUUCUGAGGAGACUCGUAUGAAUAGCAUCAAGGACUUCAUUCGAGACUAUAACGUCACAUGGGCAUACCUCACUCCAUCGUUCACCCGGUUUCUCAGCGCCGAAGAGCUACCCAACCUUGAGCUGCUGAUGCUCGCUGGCGAGGCUAUCCCUCGCGACGUAUUUGAGAAUUGGGUUGGCAAGCUCCGCUUAAUAAAUGCUUGGGGCCCUGCGGAGGCCUGCUGCUUUGCAUCCUUCCACGAAUGGACAUCAUCAGACGAGUCGUCUUUGACGAUUGGCCGGCCUGUUGGUACAUAUUGCUGGAUUGUUGAUCCUAACGAUCCUCAGCGCCUUGCGCCAUUCGGAAGUGCUGGCGAAGUCGUGAUUCAAAGUCCUCAGCUCUUGAGGGAAUAUCUAUCGGAUCCUGCCAAAACAAAGUCUGCCACAGUGACUGAGCUGCCCCUGUGGGCACCGAAGCGGGAUCAGCCCUACCUCAACCGCUUCUUCAAGACGGGCGAUCUUUGUUCUUAUAACCCUGAUGGCACGCUCGAGUUUAUCUCGCGAAAAGAUACCCAGAUCAAGAUUCGCGGCCUUCGAGUAGAGCUGGGAGAGGUUGAGCAUCAUGUGCAGGAGAAGCUCUCAGUGGCCCGGCAGUCGGCUGUGGAUGUUUUCAAAGGAGAGAAGGGUUCCAGCCUGGUUGCAUAUUUCUCUCUGACUGAUGACACUAGUCCAGCAACUGAUGAUGAAGAUAUCUUCUUACCUCUCACACAUGAACUGCAAGGACAUAUCAUCUCGUUAAUUAGCCAGCUAUCCAUCGAAUUGCCGGGUUACAUGAUUCCAGAUCUUUUCAUUCAUUGCAGCAAGCUGCCGUCAAACAUCUCUACCAAAUUGGAUAGGAAGGCACUGAAGAAGAGAACUGCUGCCUUAACGAGGGACCAGUUGGCUCACUAUGCUCUUGUCGAUAGCAACAAGCGACCUCCUGAGACGGAGAUUGAAUCCAGCCUCCAGUUGAUCUGGGCAGAGCUACUCAAUCUGGACCGGGAGGCAAUUGGUCGCGACGAUAGCUUCCUCCGCAUUGGUGGUGACUCGAUCAUGGCAGUGUACCUUGUCGCUGCAGCGCGCGAUAUUGGCCUGUACCUCACUGUGAAGACCAUUUUCAGUGAUCCUCGCCUUUCGAGCGUGGCUGCCAAUUGUGAAGCGAAGGACUCAUCUAGUGUGCCUGACUGGAGUAAUGUGAAGCCAUUCUCACUUAUCGAGGCUGCUAGCCGUGAAGAAGUUGUUGCUUCUGUCAGGACACAGAGUGACUUGUCUCCAGAGCAGGAGGUUGAAGAUGUCUACCCCUCUACACCCUUGCAACAAGGUCUGAUGGCUUUGUCCGUUAAGCAGCCUGGGUCAUAUAUUGCGAAGUGGGUUCACCGGCUGUCUGACGAUGUUGAUGUCGCAUCCUUCAAGACUGCCUGGGAGAAAACCGUUGAGGAAUGUCCCAACUUGCGUACACGUAUGAUAAAUACGUUGGAUACUACCCUUCAAGCGAUUGUGACCAAUGAUAUUUCAUGGGAGUCUACCUCUGGAAUGGACCUCGGCGCAUUUAUGAAGUUUGCUGGGCAAACGGAAAUGACCUUUGGAUCCAGACUUCACAGGUACGCCUUGGUAGAGGAAGGGAAUGGCGAUCGCUAUUUUGUCUGGGUCGCGCAUCAUGCUAUUUACGAUGGAUGGACCAUGCGCUUGAUCUUCAGCAUGCUCGCCGACAACUAUAUGGGCAUAGAUUCACUGAAAAUCAACCCGUACUCAUCCUUCAUCAAGUACACUGAAAGUCUAGAUAUCGACUCCGCCAAAAUGUUCUGGGGCUCUCAAUUGGAGGGUGCGAAACAUGCACCCUACCCGCAGGUUCCUGUCUCGAGGAGCUCUGACUCUGAGCGAACCUUCCGGCUCUUGCGAAAGAACAUGGAAUUUCCGUCGCUUACCGACACUUCGAUUACGAAAGCUACUAUCCUUCGAGCUGCUUGGGCUGUUGUCUUGGGACGUUACUGUGAUACCGAAGAUAUUUGCUUUGGAACGACCGUGUCUGGUCGCCACGCCCCUGUGCCUGGCGUGGGUGAAAUGCCCGGACCGAUGAUUUCUACACUUCCUGUGCAUAUAGUCAUGGACAGCGAGAAGUCUGUAUCCUCAUUCCUUUACGAUAUUCAGAAUCAAGCGGCCGAGAUGGUUGCGUACGAGCAGUUCGGUUUGCAAAACAUUGGCAAACUGGAUAUUUCCAUUCAAGAAGCUUGUAAUUUCUCCAGUCUUCUCGUUAUUCAGCCUUUCGAACAAAUGGGUGCCAUUGGAACCAACUCGGAUGCAAUUCUUCAGCUGGAUGCUUCCGCAAAACAUGGAACUGAGGAUACCCUGCAAGGCUACUUUAGUUAUCCGCUGGUUGUUCAGUGCGAGCCAUACGAAGAUCAGUUGGAUCUUAUCUUGACGUUCGAUUCUAACAUUGUGAAGCAAGAAGAUAUGGAGCGUCUCUCGAAUCAUUUUCAACAUGUGGUGAAACAGUUACUAGCCCAGGAUAACCGAAGACUUGGUGAUAUCUCAGUCUCAUCCCCGUGGGACCUUGACCAGGCCGUUAAGUUCAACGGAGAGGUCCCUCAAGUAGUAGAAAGCACACUUCAUGAGAUGAUUGAAGAUCAGGUCCGAAUUAGGCCACAUGAGUCUGCUAUCGUGGCCUGGGAUCGACAAUUGACAUAUUCAGAGCUUGAUGUCUUAGCGAACAAACUGGCUCGAACGCUGAGAGAUACCUACACGGUACAAAUCGGAGACUUCGUCCCGGUGUGCUUUGAAAAGUCUGCCUGGCACUUUGUUUCUAUUCUUGCAAUAAUGAAGUGCGGAGCUGCUUGGGUGCCUCUUGACCCUGGAUAUCCUCUGGAGCGUAUGAGGAACAUUGUGCAUCAAACGAAAGCAAAGAUUAUUCUAGCUUCGCCCACUAACCUGGCGACCUGCAAAAAGCUUGUUGGAGAGGUUCUAGAAGUAUCGGCAAGCCUGGAGAGGACUUCCCAAGAGCUUGGGCUCUCUGGCGAAGCACUGAAUGUCGAAGUUCUCCCUGACCACGCCGCAUAUGUACUCUUCACAUCAGGAAGUACAGGCGUGCCAAAGGGACUCGUAAUGCAGCAUGCAGCGGUAUGCAGUGCCCAGCGAGCGAUUGCGGAGAGACUUGGACUCGAGCCAGCCGCAAGGAUGCUUCAAUUUGCCUCAUUCGUUUUUGACCUGUCGAUUGGUGAGAUCUUUGCACCCCUGAUAACAGGAGCUUCUCUUUGUAUUCCCUCAGAGCACGACCGACUCAAUGACCUGGCUGGCUUUAUCUCUACGACACGAGCUACUUGGAGUUUCCUUACACCAUCUUUCGCUAGAACCCUCAAGCCGGAGAUGGUGCCGUCUCUUGAACUUUUGUUGUUUGCAGGAGAAGCCGUUCCCCGAGACGUUUUUGAAGUUACGCUUCAUGAGUGGCAUUCUGAUAAAGAAUCUCCUCUUACAAUAGGCCGCCCGGUUGGGUCUUUCUGCUGGAUAGUUGAUCCUGAAAACCCACAAAGGUUAGCUCCUCUAGGCACUGCAGGCGAAGUGGUUAUUCAAGGCCCUACACUACUACAAGAGUACCUUGCAGACAGAGCUAAGACUGAUGCGACUACCGUUCGUUUGUUACCUAUCUGGGCUCCUUCCUCCACUGUUCCUCGCUUCGAUAGGUUCUUCAAGUCUGGGGAUUUGGGCUUCUAUAACGACGACGGCACUAUUGAGUUUUUAACUCGAAAAGACACACAAGUCAAGAUUAGGGGACUUAGGGUUGAACUGAGCGAAGUCGAGCACCAGAUCAAGUCCCAUCUUUCAGAUGCCUCCCAGGUUGCGGUUGACGUCUUCCAAGGAGCAGCGGGCGCGAACCUGGUGGCUUAUAUCUGCUUUACCAACGCAACUCGCACAGCUGAACCUUCUAGUGAGGACAUGUUCGUCCCUAUCCAACCGAGCAUCCAACAACAGAUCUCUAUCAUGCUCAGCAAGCUUGCUGUUACCCUUCCGCGAUAUAUGGUUCCGACAAUGGCUAUAACUUGUAACUAUAUGCCAUUUGUGACAUCUUCAAAGCUUGACAGGAAGAGGUUACGAGAAGAAACUGCCAAGCUUAACAUUGAGCAGUUGAACCACUACUCACUAAUUGAUGCAGAGAAGCGGGAACCACAGACACCUACUGAAGUCAGGCUCCAAGAGUUGUGGGCAAAGAACCUGAAGAUCCCGGCUGAAUCAAUCGGUCGGGAUGACAGCUUCCUUCGUAUUGGUGGUGACUCAAUUUCGGCCAUCCUCUUCGUCAGCGCUGCACGAGAGAAUGGAAUGAUGAUUCAAGUGAAGGAUAUUUUUGACGAUCCGAGGCUGUCCGCCGUGGCAGAGAAGGUUGUUGAAAUCCAGGCGACAGAUAACUCUAGACCGCCUACGCCUUUUAGCCUACUUCACAUUUCGAAGGAAUUGGUUGAUGAAGCUAUUCUCAAAAUCAACGAGCUCCCUGCUUCUGCAAGCAUUUCCGACGCUUACCCCUGCACUGCUUUGCAGGCGGGCUUGAUGGCACUUUCACUCACGCAGCCAAUGUCUUAUGUCGCUCGAUACGUACACCGCAUCCCAGGCUCAGUGGACAUAUCACAGCUUCGAGAGGCUUGGGAGAAGACAGUGAGACUUUGCAGCAAUCUGAGAACUCGUAUUGUUCUUGUCUCGGGAAUGAGUAUCCAGGUUGUGGUUGAAAAAGAUUCGAUUUGGGAGUCGGAAACCACAAGCAGCCUUGACUCAUUCAUGGCCGAGAGCAAGCAGACGACGAUGACAUACGGCUCUAAGCUCUGCCGCGCAGCGCUCAUCCAGCAGGCGAAUGGAGAGAAUUAUUUUGCUUGGGCUGUUCAUCACUCAGUCUCGGACGGUUUUACUCUCAGAAUGGUCAUGGAAACCUUUUAUUCUUUGUAUAGCAAGACCCCAGGACCUCAGUUGAGAUCGUACUCGUCCUUCAUCCAGCAUGUUUCCAGCAUUGAUCAUGAGGUUGCUGUCAAAUAUUGGAGGGACCAACUUGAAAGUGUGAGGCCGCCCUCUUUCCCUGCCAAGCAGAAGCUUUCAGGAAGUAAGACAACCAGAGUCCUAUAUAAGGAUGUCAACUUCACGCGAUCCGACUUGUCUGUGACACAGGCUACUCUUAUUCGCGCCGCAUGGGCUAUCGUGCUUAGCAGAUACAGUGAUACACCUGACAUUUGCUUUGGAGCAACUAUUUCAGGGCGCCAGGCACCGGUAGAUGGUAUUACCAACAUGCCUGGCCUCGCAAUUGCGACGGUUCCUGUCCGUGUGCAGGUCGACAACGAUAGACAGAUCAAUGACUUCCUUCACACCGUUCAAAAGCAAGCCGCCGAGAUGACUGCUUAUGAGCAAUUUGGAUUGCAAAACAUCUCAAAGUUAGGGAGAGAUGCCCAGGAGGCUUGCGAUUUUACAAGUCUCCUUGUCGUCCAGCCCUAUGAGCAGAUGUUUGGAAAUAUGAGCAACGAAUUCAUUUUUGGACCCGAUAAUGAGGUCUAUAGCACUGAGGACGACAUGGAAGGAUAUUUCAACUAUCCUCUUGUAACGAUUGCAAACAUCAUGCCUGAUAAAAUCAAAUUGCAGUUCGUAUAUGAUGCAGAGGUCAUCAGUCCAGCACAGAUGGACGCUCUCUCACAGCACUUUGAUCAUGUAACCCAGCAGAUUCUUCAGCCAGGAACUAAGAGUCUUGGUUCUGUCUCCGUUUCGGGACCGUGGGAUCUCCAAAGAGCGAAGGGGUGGAAUCCAAACCAACCACGAUCAAUUCGAGCUUGCAUUCAUCACCUUAUUUCCCAACGUGCUUCACAGGAUCCUACACAAGAAGCCAUAUACUCAUCAGAAGGCAGUCUCACAUUUGGAGAGCUCGAUAGCCUUUCCAAUACUUUUGCUCGCUAUCUCGUCUCACACGGAGUGGAGCUGGAGACUAUUGUUGCAUUCUGCUUUGAAAAAUCCAUUUGGACUAUUAUCGCAAUGCUUGGUAUCCUAAAAGCCGGUGGUACAUUCGUGGCUCUCGACCCUGCUCAGCCAGAACAGCGCAGGAGAACUAUCAUUCAGGAGACAGGCUCCAAGUACAUUGUGACCUCGCCCAAGCUAGCUCGUAUAUGUGAAGGCAUGGUGCCGAAUGUUAUUGAGCUUUCGCUUUCUUUCCUCGAAAGACUUCCUAGGCUCACCGAGUCAGCAAAGAAGAUUGCAUUGCCCCAGUCUUCUCCUGAUCACACCGCAUACAUCAUCUUCACAUCUGGUUCCACAGGAACACCCAAGGGCAUCAUCGUGAAACACUCAUCUGUCUGCACUUAUGUGUUAGGUGCUGAUCGCAUAUACGCAUUAGACAGCAACACACGAAUGCUACAGUUCUCCAAUUACGUGUUUGAUGUCAGCAUGGGAGAAAUCCUCGAGACUUUGGCUAUGGGCGGAACAAUCUGCACUCCAUCGGAACAGGAGCGCCUGGAGUCUCUACCUCGAUUCAUGGAGAAGGCCAAGGUAAACACAGCCAUGCUUACACCAUCCUAUAUUAAGACAAUGGAACCGGUAGACGUACCUUCUCUCAAGCUCUUGGUCACUACCGGAGAACCAUCGACUAGGGAUAUUGUGAAGAAUUGGCAGCCUCAUGUGAGGCUUAUCAAUUCGUAUGGGCCCGCGGAGGUAACCAUCAAUGUUGGUGCUUAUGAGUACCAGUCGCCCGAGGACCAAGUCACUAACAUAGGCCGCGCUUGGGGAGGUCACAUGUGGGUUGUUGAACCGGACAAUCAUAACAGAAUUGCUCCAAUCGGUUGUAUCGGCGAGAUUCUGAUUCAAAGAGAUAUCUCACAGGGCUAUCUCAACAACGCAGAGAAGGCGAGUCAAAACUACAUUAAAGCUGUUGACUUCCUAUCUGUGGAGGACCCAUCCGUUAAGUUCUAUAAGUCUGGGGACUUGGGACGAUAUAAUAUGGAUGGAACUGUUGAGAUUAUUGGCCGUCGCGAUACCCAGGCCAAGCUUCGUGGUCAGCGUUUGGAACUUGGCGAGAUCGAGUAUCAUAUCAGGCAACAGUAUGAUGACAUUGAGCUUGUGGCCGCUGACGUGAUGCCUGUCAGAUCCCGUGCAACCCUGGUUGCAUUCGUAAGUUUCAAACCCGGGUUCGAUUCGUUCCAGCCAUCAGAGCUUCCUUUGCCGUUCAUGCAGCCAAGCGAAAGCUUGAUGCAUAGAUUGAACGCGCUUGUCGAGAGUUUGCGAGCUAUUCUCCCAGGAUACAUGGUUCCUUCUUUUUUCAUGACUCUUGAUUCGAUGCCCCUGAACACAUCGUCGAAACUGGACCGCAAGCGGGUGAAAAUGCUCGCAUCGGCCUUGAACCAGGAGCAAAUGGACCUUUACUCUCUCGAAAAUGCCGAAAAGAUCCAAGCAACCACGAGCAGAGAGUUGCGGCUGCGGGCUUUGUGGUCCCAAAUUUUGGAACUAGACGAAGAGAGUAUUGGAAAGAGGGACAACUUCUUCCAAAAUGGAGGUAGCUCCAUCUUAGCUAUUCAACUGAUGUCUCUUGCCCAGAGGCAUGGCAUCUUAUUAUCUGUUGCCAGUGUUUUCGCACACCCAAGUCUUGAAGAAAUGGCAUUAAGUAUGAAGGAGGAGCAAGCCUCGGAGACUGCUACCAUUCAACCGUUCAGUAUGCUGCCAUUAGCCGAGGGGAUUGUGAAGAGUGAAGUCCAAAGCCAAAGUGAGAUAUCUUCACUUGUGGAGUUUGAAGACAUGAUGCCAACCACGUCGCUUCAAGAAGGGCUUAUGGCACUUAACCUGAAGCAAUUUUCCUCUUACACUGCAUAUAUUCCUUUCCGGAUUGCCGAAUCAGUCAACAUCGACAAACUCAAAGCUGCGUGGGAGCAAACUGUGCAGAUCUGCACUAAUCUGCGGACAAGGAUCUUUCAUGUUCAAGGACACACUCUUCAAGCCAUUGUCAAGGAGCAGGUGAUCUGGGAAGAAUGUGAAGACUCCUCACUGCGAGGGUUUAAGAAACAUAUUGAGUCUAAGCCUAUGGGCUACGGAUCAAGACUCUGUAGAUACGCUAUUGUUAACGACAACGGGCAUUCCUAUUUCGCGCUGGCUAUCCAUCAUGCUGUGUACGAUGGGUGGAGCUUAGGUUUAGUUUUACGGACCGUUCUGAACCUUUAUCUUGGAACUGAAGCCCCGACUAUUCAGCCAUACUCUGGCUUCAUUUCGUACAUCAGCCAGCUGGACGAGGACAGCAUGUACAAUUACUGGAGAGAAUACCUCCAGGGCUCGGUACAAGCCUCCUUCCCCGCCAAAAAGGCCAACGGACCGAGCGAGUCUCGCACCUGUAUCAAACCAAUCACGUUCCCUGAAUCCACGGACAAUACGAUCACGAGGGCCACGAUCGUACGAGCCGCAUGGGCCAUAAUACUUAGCAAGUACUGUGAAACUGACGAUGUUACGUUCGGAAUGACACUUUCGGGGCGUCAGGCCACAGUUCCUGGUGUGAUAGAAAUGGCUGGUUUGACUAUCACCACAGUCCCUAUCCGGGUCCAGAUUGAGAAUAAGAGACGCGUCUCCGAAUUCCUACACGAUAUCCAGACUAAAGCUUCGGCUAUGAUUCCAUACGAACAAUAUGGAUUGCAGAGAAUCUCAAAGACAAGCCCAGAAGCUCAACAGGCUUGCGAUUUCAGAAGUCUGCUUGUUGUUCAGCCCUUCUCCGCGCUUGAUGCAAUGGACGAAACUUCAGAAGAGAUCCUAGAGCGAUCAAAUGACCCUGAUCUUGAGGACUUUUUCAACUAUCCUCUUGUGAUUCAAUGCGAGAUGUCUGACUCUAAGGCCGAGUUGCACAUUACGCACGAUUCCCAAGUUAUCGAUAGUGGCCGGAUUGAUGCCCUCUCUGUCCAUUUCCAGAAUGUCGUCAACCAGUUAUUGCCAGAGAGUCAAAACGACAUUGAAGACGUAGAUCUCACUUCUUCUUGGGACUUUGAGAAAGCUUUGGAAUGGAAUGGAAACCCGGCAAAAACGGCACACACGUGCUGGCACGAAGUCUUCCGAGCUAAUGCCAGAUCCUAUCCUCACGAUGUUGCUGUCAAUGGAUGGGAUGGCUCUCUGACAUACCAACAGUUGGAUCAGACAACGGAUAGGCUUGCACAUCAUCUGAUUCACUCACAUCAUAUCCAACAAGGAGACAUGGUAGUUGUAUGUUACGAGAAAUCACUUUGGUAUACUGUAUGCAUUUUGGCUGUUAGUAAAGCUGGAGCAGCUUGGGUCCCAAUUGAUCCGUCUCAUCCUAGACAACGUCACAAGUCUAUCAUCAACCAAACGGAUGCCAGAAUUGCUCUUGCUUCGUCGAUGUAUUUCGAAUACUGCCAGAUGAUUAUCGGGACCGUGCUGGAGGUGACGCCUGAGCUUGAAGCGCAGCUGCAGCAGGACCUCACUUCAGAAGAUGUUUCUCUCCCUCAGGUAUCUCCGAAGAGUAUCGCCUAUGUGCUAUUUACAUCUGGAAGUACCGGUACUCCAAAGGGAUUUGCAAUUGAACAUUGCUCCCUGGCGACUAGCCAGCUCACUCUAUGGGAAAAGCUGUCUAUACCGCACGACGCCCGGGUCUUACAAUUUGCAUCCCAUGUGUUUGAUUUUGCGAUCUGUGAAAUAAUCGGCUCAUUGAUGGAAGGAGUUGCGAUAUUCGUCCCUUCGGAACAAGACCGAAUGAGCAACCUGGUCGACUUUAUUAAUACAAAUGGAAUUGACUCGUUGUUCUUGACGCCGUCAUUCGUUCGCACACUGCCCAUAUCAGAACUUCCUCGCGUCAACCUGUUGUUCCUCGCCGGCGAGACUGUUACAAAGGAUAUCUUGGAUACAUGGUUUGAGCAAGCCCGUAUCUUCAACGCAUGGGGCCCAGCAGAAACCGUUGUUUGUAACACCGUUCAUCAAUAUCGUUCAGUUCACGACUCGCCGGCCAACAUUGGCAAGUCAACUGGCGGGUUCUGUUGGAUCGUAGAUCCCCAGAACCCCCAUAAACUAUCACCAAUAGGAACCGUUGGUGAAGUUGUAAUUCAAGGUCCAACAAUCAUGCGUCAUUAUGUUGGCGAUGAGGUCAAAACCCACAACACAGUUAUACCAGCGCCCGAAUGGGCACCGUUCCAUGAUGUUCCUGGAUGGGAUCGAAUUUUCAAGACCGGAGAUCUUUGCUAUUAUAACUCGGAUGGAACUAUGGACUUCUUGUCCCGAAAGGAUACCCAAGUGAAGAUUCGGGGCCUCAGGGUCGAACUUGGCGAGAUCGAGUACCACAUCCGGCAUUCACUUUCUGAUGUUGUUCAGGUGGCUGUUGACGUGAUUACUUCCACCAACGCUUCACAGCUAGUAGCUUACAUUUGUUUCACGGAUGAGGCACGCCUGGAAUACAAUCCAGAUGACGUUUUCUUCCAACUUUCAUCGGGUCUCUAUGACGAAAUGGUUGAGCUACUCGGAAAGCUUGGCUCGCUUCUCCCCACCUAUAUGUUGCCAUCAAUCUUUAUUCCUUGCAACUUUAUGCCCUCUAUAACAUCUACCAAUCAGUCACAGCUUUCGCACUAUUCCCUGGUCAAUGCAACAAAGCGAAAGCCAGACACCCCAAUGGAACGCCGCCUCCAACACAUCUGGGCCCAUAUACUCGGUCUUUCUGAAGAUACCAUUGGGAAGGACGACAGCUUUAUUCGUAUUGGUGGAGAUUCUGUGACCGCAAUUUAUCUAUCCAGCGCGGCGAGAAAAUCCGGAAUCGACCUCCAGGUUAAGGACAUCUUUGACGAUCCCCGCCUCUGUGCGGUUGCGGAAAAGGCUGUCAUGGUUGGGUCGGUAACGGAAACGAGCGAAAUGAUUAAGCCCUUUGAGUUGUUGGAUUUUGAUAUUUCCUCCCACCAGUACAAAAUACGUCAAACCUGUGGCCUGAGAGACGAUCAGAUUAUCGAGAAUGCUAUGCCUGUCACUCCACUCCAGGAGGGUUUCAUCGCUUUGUCAGUGAAACAGCCUGGAUCUUAUAUCGGAAGAUGGAUCUAUCGCCUAGGUGACAACGUAAACAUUCACCGCUUCAAAGAGGCCUGGGAAGCAACUAUUCGACGCUGCAACAAUACACGGAGUAGAAUGGUUGCUGUCGCUGGCCGAACGGUACAGGUCUACAUCAAAGAUGAUAUCCAGUGGGAAGAUACCUCGAGAUUCAACCUAGAAGAAUUCCUUGAGAAAUCUCGAAGUAUUGAGAUGACUCUUGGGAGCCGCCUGAACCGGUAUGCCCUUAUCCAAGAAUCAGCAGGUGACAACUUCUUUGUCUUCCUUGCCCAUCAUUCCAUCUACGAUGGGUGGACAAUGCGCAUUAUUCUCGAUACCGUGUCCAAAGAGUAUGAGUCUCUAACUACAACCAUACAACCCUUUGACCAUUUCAUCAAGUAUGUCAGUGCUAUCGACAAAAAGGCUGCUGAGGAUUACUGGAGCACUCAGCUACAAGGUGCCAAGCGUGCUGGAUUCCCACGCACCGCAAAGGCCCUUGGGGUCAGCAAGGUGAAGAACCGAGUCGUCGACUUGAAAGCCACGAGCAUCUCCGUGACAAAAGCCACAUUAGUUCGAGCGGCAUGGGCACUGGUUCUGGCUAGAUAUGCUGACACCGAGGAUAUAUGCUUUGGAACAUCUAUUUCUGGCCGUCAAGCUGCUGUCCCUGGAAUUGGUGACAUGGCUGGCCCAGCAGUUGCAACAGUUCCUAUCCGUAUUCGCUUGAACAAGGAAACCCCCGUUGCUGAGUUUUUAAAUGAGAUUCAAGUCCAAGCGGCCGACAUGAUACCAUUUGAGCAAACUGGUAUUCAGAAUAUUGCAAAGCUAAGUGAUGAAACUAGAGAGGCUUGCGACUUUUCGAGUCUGCUCGUCAUUCAGCCUGUUGAAGCUAUGGGUAAAGUCGGAAAGAACUCUGAGAGUCUUCUGAUAACUGUAAACGACGAUUACGAGGAUAUAAGCCAAUCAAUGAAUGGCUACUACACUAUGCCUCUUGUCAUGCAAGCACUACUGUCGGAAACCGAGCUGUGUCUUGAUGUCACCUAUGAUACAGCGAUAAUUUCUGAAGCCCAAGCUACAGGUCUCGUCAAUCAGAUGGAACAUGUCAUGAAUGCGCUUCUUACAAGUCAGGAGGAGCCACUUGCAAAUCUCGCAGUUGCCGGGGAAUGGGAUCUCGCCCAGGCUAUGAAGUUCAACAGUAACAUGCCUGAGGUCAUAGAAUCCACUUUCCACGAAAUAGUAGAGGGAUAUUCAGCAAGCAAUCCGGACUCUAUGGCCGUCAAUGCUUGGGAUGCAUCAUUUACGUACAAGGAAUUGAAUGACAGAGCCAACCGCCUGGCUAGUUAUCUCAUAGUACGAAACCUUGUGAAGCCGAGAGACCUUGUCCAUGUUUGUUUUGAGAAGUCAGCUUGGUAUCUGGUAGCCAUCCUGGCUAUCAACAAGGCCGGUGCGGCAUGGGUACCGCUCGACCCAUCUCAUCCUGAGCAAAGGAGAAAGCAAGUUGUUUUACAGACGGGUGCUACGUUGAUGCUUGCCUCACCAAGCAACGCUGAAGCGGCUGAAGAAUUGGUUGAGACCGUCAUCCAGGUGUCUGCUGAACUGGACAGCGAGUUGAUCAAUCGCAAGGAUGUACUAACAUCGGAAAUUGCCCUCGAUGUGUCACCAUCUGACGCUUGCUAUGUUCUCUUCACGUCUGGAUCAACUGGUACACCUAAGGGUUUUGUCAUCGAGCAUAUGUCGCUGUGUACCACUCAGAAGGCAUUUUCAACCCGUCUUGGGAUGACUUCCGAAGCCAGGGUCCUUGCAACCGCGUCCCAUGUAUUCGAUAUGUCUGUCGGGGAGAUAGUCUUUGGCCUCUUGGCCAGGGCUACAGUAUGUGUGCCAUCCGAAUCAGACAGGAUGAAUGACUUAGCGGCCUUCGUUCGCAAUCACCGAGUCACCUGGACUUGGCAAACGCCGGCAUUUGCUCGUGCUAUGAGUCCAGAGACGAUGCCAUGUUUGGAAGUCAUGGUGCUAGCAGGUGAAUCUGUCGGUCGCGAUAUCUUCGAGAUUUGGUUUAGCAAAGUCCGACUAAUAAAUGGCUGGGGGCCGGCCGAGACUUGCUGCCUUAGCUCUCUGCAUGAGUGGACAUCUCCAACGGAAUCGCUCUCGGCCAUUGGAACUCCCUUGGCGGAGUUCUGCUGGAUCGUGGAACCUGGUAACCCGAACAGGCUUGCCCCAAUUGGCACUGUUGGCGAGGUAGUAAUUCAAGGUCCGACAUUGCUUCGAGAGUAUCUAAACAAUCCCGAACAAUCAGCGAGAUCAAUAAUCACGGAUCUGCCAGAAUGGGUCCCAAAUAGACAACAAUGGAACCGAUUCUAUCUUACUGGCGACCUGUGUUCAUAUAAUAACCAAGGAUCUCUGGAGUUUGUUAGCCGCAAGGACAAUCAAGUCAAGAUCCGGGGCAUGCGUAUUGAGCUAGGGGAAGUGGAACACCAAAUUCAAUCUCUGCUGCCACCCGAAUGCCAAAUUGCGGUAGAUAUUCUGAAAGGCACUUCUGGGUCUACCUUGGUGGCAUAUAUCUGUUUCACUCAGGCGGCAAAGCAUGCUGGUUCCAGUGAUGACUGGAGUGAUUUGUUUACUCAGACAGAUUCUUCCUUCCUGCAGACGAUAUCUGGCGUUCUUCACGAGCUAGAAAUGGCCCUUCCUGGGUACAUGAUCCCAUCAUUGUUUGUGCCAUGCCAGUACAUGCCCUUUAUCACUUCAACAAAACUCGCGAGACGUAUUUUGCUCGAAGAGAUGGCCAAUCUAUCCCCAGAGCAGUUGAAUCAGUACUCUCUCUCCAACAUCGAUAAGCACGCACCAGAGACGGCUACUGAACUCCAACUGCAGUCAAUCUGGGCACAAGUGCUGAGCAUUCCGGCCGACAGCAUUGGCCGUGAUGAUAGCUUUCUACGCAUUGGUGGAGAUUCAAUCACUUGCAUCAUGCUUUGCAACGCUAUGCGAGAGAAUGGUCUCUCGAUUGAGGUUAGAGAUAUUUUUGAGGACCCUCGCCUUCAUGCUGUUGCGCGCAAGGCCAUCCCAGCUGAACCGUCAACGGGUCUCGGUCAUCCAGAGCCGUUCAGUCUCCUUCCUGCACCAUAUGGUGAUCUCAAAGCUUCCAUGCUUCGUGAAAUGAAGCUGCCAGGUGGUGUUGAUAUUUCUAAUAUGUAUCCUUGUACACCACUUCAGGAAGGACUAUUGGCCUUGUCAGUUACCCAGCCAAAAUCGUACAUUGCUCGCCAUGUGUAUAGUAUACCUGCUUCGGUUGACAUUUAUCGCCUCAAGAGAGCAUGGGAGCGAACUGUGGAACUCUGUGUAAACCUUCGAACGAGAAUUUUAUUGAACAGUGGCACAGCAAUUCAGUGCGUCCUCGACAAUGAGCCCGUUUGGGAGAUUAAAAAUCCAGACAGUCUUCUUGCCUUCUUGGAGCGGAGCCGAGACAUUCGAAUGACAUAUGGAUCUCGCCUGAACCAAUUCGCCAUCAUUGAAGAGCCUACCGGCUCAAAAUACUUUGUUACAAUUACGCAUCAUUCUGUCACUGAUGGCUGGACACUCCGACUAGUGAUGGGCACGUUCUAUGCACUCUACACGGAGACAACCGGAAUCAACUUGCAGCCAUACUCGAGCUUUGUCAACUACAUUAUGAAGCUUGAUCAAGGUGUUUCUCGUGAAUACUGGGAAAGGCAGCUUUCCGGAUCCAGGAAAUUAUCUUUCCCUCCAACAACAAAGACUAGCCACAGUGUCCGAUCGGACGUAUUGUAUCACGAUGUUAGCUUGUGCAAACCCGAAGAUGAGGCCAUUACUCAGGCCACUGUCGUAAGAGCAGCUUGGGCUAUUCUUCUAGGACGGUACAGCGAUACAAGCGAUGUUUGCUUCGGUACUACUGUUUCCGGUCGCCAAGCAGCCCUCCCUGGCAUCACUGAUAUGCCUGGGAUCACACUCGCAACUGUUCCCGUUCGCAUCCAACUCGAUGCAAAGCUUACGGUUGGGGAUUUCCUAAGAGACAUUCAAAACAAAGCUUCAGAAAUGACAAGUUACGAACAAUUCGGCAUCCAAAAUAUUGCAGGCCUCAGCCAGGAUAUAAAAGAAGCGAUAGAUUUCACAAGUCUACUCGUGAUCCAACCAAUCGACCAAAUGUUCAAUACUAAAACGGACAACGAAUUUGUUGAGGCUAUUGAUGACUCGACUUACAAUGUCGACAGUGAUAUGAAUGGAUACUUCAGCUACCCCCUGGUUGUAAUGGCCAAUCUGUAUUCUGAAAAGGUUCAAUUACAGAUUGUCUAUGAUGAAGACCUCCUGACCCGCGAUGCAAUCGAAGGCUUUGCGAACCAAUUUGGCCACAUUGUCCAACAGCUCAUUGAACAUACUACAAGCUCCCUGGAGUCAAUUUCUAUAGCUGGUCCAUGGGAUAUUAAAAAGGCCAAAGAGUGGAACCUGUCUGCACCAAAGCCUAUUCAGAAAUGCGUGCACAACUUAAUAUCCGAGAAGGCUGCGGAGCUUCCCGACCAAGAAGCCAUUUUUACAUCUGAUGGUAGCUUGACUUACAGCGAACUUGAUACGCUAUCGAGCAAGCUCGCCCUGUAUCUUAUGUCUCUUGGUAUCGGUCCAGAGACCCUUGUUCCGUUCUGCUUCGAGAAGUCCAAGUUCGCCAUUGUUUCUAUGCUUGGAAUUCUGAAAGCAGGUGGUGUAUUUGUUCCACUUGAUCCUUCGCAUCCAAGAAGCCGUCGACAAGCUGUGGUUGAUGAGACAGGCUGUGAAUUCAUUUUAAGCUCCCCAGAAUCAGCCUCAGCUUGCGGCUCGAUGAACCCUAAAAUCAUCGAGAUUUCUGAAGCCUUCUUUGAAAAAAUGCGGGUUCUCACGAGUUUCAACUCAGAAAAGGCUCCACGAGCAGGUCCUCAGAAUGCUGCAUACGUAUUGUUCACCUCAGGUUCCACUGGGAAACCAAAGGCCAUUAUAGUUGAGCAUUCCGCGCUAUGUGGCAGCCUUCUAGGGGAAAACAGGGUUUAUCACCUCGGUUGCCAAUCUCGGGUUCUGCAGUUUUCCAAUUAUGCUUUUGACGUCAGUCUCUGUGAGAUUUUGGAAACUCUUGUGUUUGGAGGCACUGUAUGCAUACCUUCAGACAAACAGCGGCUGGAAUCGCUGCCUCGUUUCAUGGAAGAAGCUCGCGUUAAUACGGCCAUGUUGACCUCCUCCUAUCUAAGGACAUUGAACCCAGCCGACGUCCCAUCUUUACGUAUGUUGAUGCUGGUUGGUGAAGCUCCUAGUCAAGACAUAAUCACCACGUGGCAGCCACGAGUCAGGCUGAUUAAUGCAUAUGGCCCAUCAGAAGUCUCUAUCUUCAUUGGGUCACAUGAGUAUAAAUCUAUCGAUGAUCAGGCCACGAAUGUUGGCACAGCCUUUGGUGGAAAUAUGUGGAUUGUCGAGCCAGAUGAUUUCAACAAACUUUCACCGAUUGGAUGUGUUGGUGAGAUUCUCAUCCAAAGAGAUAUGGCCCGUGGGUAUCUCAACGACGAGCAGAGAACCAAUGCAGCAUUCAUCAAGCAGGUCGGGUUCCUGGGUGCUACCGAAUUCCCGAUCAAAUUUCACAAAUCUGGGGAUCUUGCGCGAUACAACCCUGAUGGUACUAUUCAAUACCUUGGUCGCCGGGACACUCAGACUAAGCUUCGUGGUUAUCGAAUCGAAUUGGGAGAAGUGGAAUAUAACAUCCAAAAGCUGCUUCUAAAUGUAGAGCACGUUGCCGCAGAUGUUGUUUCAGUCGGUUCAAGAGAGACCCUUGUUGCGUUCUUGAGCUUUAAGAAGAUAUCAGAUGAAACAGAUCUUGGAGGCGAUAAUUCUAUUACGAACCCAUUUGUGGUUCACUCAGACGAGAUGAAGCGGAAACUACACAAGCUUCUUGAUGAUCUUUACACUAUUCUUGCAAGUUAUAUGAUUCCAUCGGCUUUCCUCCCACUUCGAGAAAUGCCUUUGAACAACUCGUUGAAGCUGGAUCGAGGUAGACUUCGAGCUUUGGCUUCAAGUCUCACGCAAGAGCAAUUAGCCCUGUUCUCUGUCGAUACUGGAGAAAAGGUUGAGCCAGUCACAGAUAUGGAGAUAAAAUUACGUUCUCUGUGGUCUGAAGUGGGAGGCAACUCUCUUGUAGCAAUCCAACUUAUGAGCAUUGCACGGGAGCAGAAUAUUUCGCUCACCGUAGCUGACAUCUUCGCACAUCCCCGGUUGGAAGCCAUGGCUCUUGCGGUUUCCGAAGCACAUAUUGAGGUCCAGGACGUCGCUCCAUUAAGCAUGUUAUCCAUCCCGCGUGAAGACCUCGACUCGCAACUUCUAGAACAGUCCGAUAUCCUAGUUGCGUCAGUUCUCGAAGAUGCUCUUCCCACCUCACCGCUUCAGCAAGGCCUCAUGGCUUUGUCUGCCAAGGAAGCUGAAUCAUACAUUGCAUUCGCCGACUUUGAAAUUUCGCCCUCUAUUGACAUUGUUCGAUUCAAGAAAGCUUGGGACCAGACAGUUCAAAUUUGCAGCAGCUUACGUACCAGGAUGUUUCACAUUCAGGACCAGACUAUUCAAGUCAUCCUUAGAGAGUCUUCUACUUGGGACCUUGCUGAUGGCAUUUCCAUGUCUUCGUUCAAAGAAUUUGUAAAUGGAAAGUCCAUGACCUAUGGGUCAAAGCUUUGCUACACCGCGAUUGCCGAAGAAAAUAAUCGCCGGUUCUUUGCUCUUGCUAUUCAUCACGCAGUCUACGAUGGUUGGACCAUGGGACUGGUGUUACGCACUCUUCACUCUAUUUAUACAGGAAACACGCCGCCCGUCAUCCAUCCUUAUGCACGAUUUAUCAAGUAUACGCAGGACAUUAAGGAUGAUACAGCUCGUCAAUACUGGCAAAAUUACUUGAAGGAUGCGACUUCGGGCUCAUUUCCCCGCGCUGCAAAGAGUUCGACAGAGAGCGUGACUUCCACCGUCGUCCGCACCAUCAAGUUCCCUUCUUCCAGCAAAACUGUCAUUACAAAAGCUACCAUCAUCAGGGCCGCUUGGGCUGUUAUCCUCUCCAACUACUGUGAUUCUAGUGAUGUCACGUUCGGCAUGACCUUAUCUGGACGGCAAGCCCCUGUUCCAGGUUUGGCUGAAAUGACUGGCCCUGCAAUUGCUACUGUUCCUAUCCGAGUCAAUCUCGAGAAGCUAGGCUCAACCGUGGCCGAAUUUCUUCAGAAUUUGCAAAAUGAAGCUUCUGAAAUGAUUUCUCAUGAACAAUAUGGUCUGCAAAACAUAGCCAAGACUGGACCUGAUGCGCAGGAGGCCUGCAAUUUCCAAAGUCUCCUUGUGAUUCAGCCAUUCUCUCCUUUGGAAGAUAUUUCCAACGGUCCCGAUGCCAUGUUGUUACCUGCUGCAAUUCAUGAAGAUACGGAUGCUUCCGCAUUCCAGGGGUUCCUAAGUUAUCCCCUCGUCAUUAAUAGCCAUAUAUCUGAUGAGGAGGCACACCUUCAGCUGAUCUUCAAUUCUGCUUCAAUCUCUCGCAUCAGGAUUGACGCCCUUUGCGAGCAUUUCAAUCACGUCAUCCAGCAACUUGUUGUUGAUACCAACAAGUCUCUACGAGACCUUGAAGUUUCCUCAACUUGGGAUCUCAAACAGGCAAUUUCAUGGAAUGGAAAAGCUCCCGACUCGAUCAACGGGUGCUGGCAUGAAGUUGUCGAAGUCAACGCUAUACGCCAGCCCCAUUCUCUAGCUGUAAGUGCAUGGGAUGGAAACCUUACCUACAAAGGUCUUAAUGACGCUGCCGAUCGGCUUGCUCGCCACCUGGUCCACGUUAGGAACGUAAAGCAAGGGGACAAUGUCCUGGUCUGCUUUGAAAAAUCGUUGUGGCACACUGUUUGCAUAUUGGCUAUUAGCAAGGCGGGAGCUACUUAUGUGCCCCUCGAGCCUUCAUACCCAACGCAGCGCAAAGAAUACAUUUUGAAACAGACGAAGAGCAAGCUCGCACUAGCUUCACCAGCCAAUUCUCAAGACUGCUGGGACCUGAUUGGCAAUGUCUUGGAGGUAUCGGGGGCUUUAGAAGCGCAACUUAUUAAACAGGGCUCGCCUAAGUAUCUUCGUAAGGUCUCGCCUGAAACAUCUGCGUACAUAAUUUUCACCUCUGGAAGUACAGGAACGCCCAAGGGUGUCGUCAUCGAGCAGCGAUCUUUGGUUACUGGUCAAGCUACAAUGUUCAACAAACUUCGGUUGCAAGAAGACGUAAGAAUGCUUCAAUUCGCCUCAUAUGCGUUCGACUAUUCCAUCUGCGAGAUCAUUGGCACAUUAAUGUACGGCGGCUCUAUCCACGUGCCAUCCGAAGAUACUAGGAUGAACAAUCUUGCACACUUCAUUAAUGACAAUAACGUCAAUACUAUCGGCAUCACCCCUACCUUUGCACGAACCUUAUACCCCAAAGAAAUUCCCACCGUCACGUGCGUCAUUCUAGGAGGCGAGGCCGUUUCUCAAGACCUAGUUGCAACUUGGUUUGAUAAGGUACGACUAUUGAACGCCUGGGGUCCUACUGAAGCAACAAUCUGCAGUGCCUUCCAUGAAUACAGUUCUAUUGAUGAGUCUCCUCUCACAAUUGGUCGCCCCACGGGCUGUUUCUGCUGGAUUGUUGACCCAAAUAACCCCCAUCGCUUGGCGCCAAUCGGCACUACCGGAGAGGUUGUUAUUCAGGGACCAACUUUGCUACGAGAAUAUAUCGGAGAUGAAGAACGAACUAAGCAGAGCGUUGUAUAUCCUGUUCCGGAAUGGGCUCCCUACAGAAAUAUAUCCGGAUGGGAUCGUAUGUACAAGACCGGCGAUCUCUGCCAUUACAACGCUGAUGGUACAAUUGAAUUCGUUUCUCGAAAGGAUAACCAAAUCAAAAUCAGAGGUCUUCGGGUGGAGUUGGGAGAAAUUGAACAUCAUAUUCGGCAGGCUCUUCAUGGCGUUGCUCAGGUGGUGGUUGACAUUCUCUCCACUGACUCGGGAUCAGCCAUAGUAUCCUUCUUCUCUUACAAUGAAGAGAUGCGAGUCAGCGCUGACUCGAAGAAUGUCUUCUCUCGCCUCACACCGGGUCUUCAUGAUCGGGUUUCAGAGAUGCUUGGCAGGCUCAACCUUGUCCUUCCGACAUACAUGGUUCCUACUGUCUUCAUCCCCUGUGACUUCAUGCCGGCGAUUACAUCUGGCAAACUUGAUAGAAAAAUGCUACAUAGCCUUGCAGGGACUCUAAGCAAGGACGAAUUGGCAGAUUAUUCACUGGUCAGUUCCACGAAAAGGCAGCCUGAAACCGAAAUGGAAUCAACAAUGCAAGUCAUGUGGGCAGAGCUUCUCAACCUGCCGCUGGAAUCAAUCGGGAGAGAUGAUAGCUUUUUACGCAUCGGCGGUGACUCGGUGAUGGCAAUUACCUUAGUCAGUGCCUCCAGGGCAUCUGGCAUUUUAUUCUCGGUCAAAGACAUAUUUGAUGACCCUCGCCUUUUCGCUGUAGCCGCCCGGGCUAUUGAACAAGAGCCUGGAGAUGAUGAUAUUACUGAGAUCAAACCUUUCGAAUUGUUGGAUGUCAAUACUCGCUCCGAGGUCGUUGGGUCAUCUGUUCGCAAGGUUUGCGGUCUACAGGACAGCCUUCGCAUAGAAAAUGCAAUGCCCGUAACCCCACUCCAAGAAGGAUUCAUUGCCUUGGCCAUGAAGCAGCCAGGGAGCUACAUUGCUCAAUGGGUUUAUGAGCUUGCAGAAAGUAUUGACAUUGAUCGCUUCGCGGCAGCCUGGGAAGAGACUGUCAGGGUUUGCUCCAAUCUGAGAACAAGAAUUGUACGGAUUGGUAAUUCCACGACUCAGAUCUCGGUCAAGGAUGAUAUUUCUUGGGAGGAUACCACCGGGCUGACCUUGGCUGAGGCCUUGGACAGGACAGGCCGUAUAGAAAUGACUCUUGGUUCACGAUUGAGUCGCUAUGCACUGGUCAAAGAACCUGAAUCUAGCAAGACAUAUUUCGUAUUCCUUGUACAUCACGCUGUUUACGAUGGGUGGACAAUGCGGAUUAUCAUGAGUACUUUAACUAGUGUCUACAACGACUACCCAGCGCCAGAACUCAUGCCCUUCGACCACUUCAUUAAGUAUGUUCAAGACCUCGAUCGGGAUUCUGCGAAGAAGUACUGGCAAGAGCAGCUCCAAGAUGCAAAACGAGCCGCGUUCCCUCGGAUCUCGAAAAACCAAAACGCCGGUACAACUAAGCUUGUUACAAGGAAUGUGCAACUCCCUGCUUCUGAUACAUCUAUCACGAAGGCAACGCUUAUACGAGCAGCAUGGGCGAUCGUGUUAGCAAGGUAUUCAGAGACCAAGGACAUUUGUUUUGGCACGUCUCUCUCGGGAAGACAGGCCCCCGUACCAGGACUAGGCGAAAUGGCCGGCCCAGCAGUUGCCACCGUGCCCGUGCGCAUCAAACUUGAUGAGAAUCCUUUGGUUUCUGAGUUCCUCAACAAAGUGCAAGCACAAGCAUCCGACAUGAUUCCUUAUGAGCAAUUUGGCCUUCAAAACAUUGCUAAGAUUUCUCCGGAUCUUCAAGAGGCAUGUGACUUUUCGAGUCUCCUGGUGGUUCAGCCAUUUGAGAGGAUGGAUCAACUCGCAGAGGCUGCAGAUUCUAUCCUGGAAUUGACUGAAAUGGAAGAGGAUUUCGCCGAGAGAAACCUUGAAGGCUAUUUCAAUAUGCCCUUGGUUCUCCAAGUCCUCGUCUCUGAGGAGGAACUUAGCAUGAGUAUGUCCUACGACGUUCAAGUUUCAGAUGAGAAUCAGGUCUCCGCCAUGUUGCAUCAUAUGGAGCAUGUGAUCGGUGAGCUCCUUGGAGAGGACAAAAAGCUGCAUGAUGUGUCUAUUACAGGAGAGUGGGACUUGGAGCAGGCUCUCACGGUCAACAGCGAUAUCCCUGAGAUUUUCGACACGACAUUCCAUGAGAUGGUGGAUAAGCAGGUCAUACUCCGCCCGGAUUCAGUUGCUGUCCAUUCUUGGGAUGGAUCGUUCACAUACAAAGAGUUGGUGAUGCAUGCCAAUAAAUGGGCCAGACAUCUCGUCGAAUCAGUACAGGUUCGACCUAAUGAUCGGGUUCAUGUCUGCUUUGAAAAGUCAAAAUGGUAUUUUGUAGCCAUCCUAGCAGUCAACAAGGCUGGCGCUGCCUGGGUGCCACUUGAUCCGUCGCACCCUCGACAACGGCAUCAACAGAUCAUCAAGCAAACGGGCUCUCAAGUUGUUCUCACGUCACACCAAAACUCGAGCCUGUUCUUGAAUGUCAUUCAGGAUACUGUCGAGAUUUCAGCUGAGCUUGACGGCCAGUUGAAGGAUGACCGUCCAGUUGAUAUCCGUGUGUCCCCUCAGGAUCCAGUAUACGUCCUGUUUACUUCAGGGUCAACUGGCACACCAAAGGGUCUGAUAAUGGAACACAGCUCUGCCAUCACAAGCAUCAUGUCGUUUGCGAAGAGGCUCAACAUCGAACAGUCCGUUAGGACUCUCCAGUUUGCCCCCUUUGUGGUGGAUUUCUCAAUAGGCGAAAUCUUCUUCUCUCUGCUGAAUGGAAUGAGCCUUUUCGUUCCCUCUGACGCUGAAAGGCUUAAUGAUUUACCAGGGUUUAUUAGACAGCACAGCAUCGCUUGGGCAUUCUUAACCCCGUCCUUUGCCCGCACUAUCAAGCCUGGGGAGGUGCCUACCCUGGAGCUCCUGCUCUUGGCCGGCGAACAGGUUACCCAAGACCUCUUCGAUACUUGGGUCAGUAGAGUAAGGUUCCUCAAUGUCUGGGGCCCUGGAGAGGACUGUUUUCUUAGUUCAUUGCACGAGUGGAGGUCCGACCAAGAAUCGGUAUACACGGUUGGUAAACCUGCAGGUUCGUUGAGCUGGAUCGUGGAACCUGCUGAUAACUCCAAAUUGGCCCCAUUCGGCACAGUGGGAGAGGUCAUUAUUCAAGGGCCGACACUGAUGAGAGAAUAUUUGGCGGACCCAGACAGGACGGCAGAGGCUAUGGCAAUGAACCCUCCUUCUUGGGCGUUUAUGUCUUCAGACAAGCGUUGGAGUCGCUUUUAUCGAACAGGUGACCUUUGCUAUUACAGACAUGAUGGCACCCUGGCAUUCUUUGCAAGGAAGGAUACUCAAGUCAAGAUCCGAGGUCUUCGCGUCGAAGUCAGCGAAGUUGAACAUCAGAUUCGAUCAAUUAUCCCCCAGGGUUGCGAGGCAGUAGUGGGAACAUUACGAGGAACAGGGGGUGUAAACCUUGUGGCAUACAUCUGCUUAGACCCAGAGGCGACAUCCUCGGGAACCUCAAGCGCGUACGAUCAUCUGUUUUUGGGCAUGGAUCCCAAUGUACAAGCCCAAAUGAUUGAGUUGAAGAAGAAAGUUGGGGCUGCACUCCCGCCCUACAUGGUCCCAACGCUGUACAUUCCUUGCAAGACAAUACCAUUUGUUAGCGGUAAGGUUGAUCGAAAGAGGCUUCAGGAGCAGACACAUAAAUUAGAUCAAGCUCAAAUCUCGGAGUAUGGACUUCAAAAUGUUGAGAAGCGCAAGCCUGAAAUGGAUCUCGAGAUUAAACUCCAAAAGAUUUGGGCAGAUGUGCUUAGCAUUGACCCCGACUCAAUUGGAUGUGACGAUAGCUUCCUUGCAAUUGGCGGUGAUUCAAUUUCGGCAAUUAAUCUUAUGACUGCUGCACGCGAGGAAAACAUCUUCAUUACCGUAGAUGAGAUCUUCCGUCACUCUGAUUUGUCUAGCAUGGCUCUGCAUGUUGGAAAGUCAGUUAUCUCACAAGCUCCCGUGACCGAGGUGAAACCUUUUGAGUUGCUUGUCGACGAUGAAAGGGAACUCGUUAAGAGCGACAGACUGCGCAAUCUAUAUGAUAUUCCAGAGAACUGCAACAUUGAGGACGCGUUCCCUUGCUCGCCUUUGCAGGAAGGCCUUAUCGCACUAGCUGUCAAGCAUCCAGGCUCAUACAUUUCCAAAUACGUAUUUAAGCUUCCCAGCCACGUAAAUAUUGACCGGUUCAAAGCGGCUUGGGAGAAGGCAGUCCAAAUGAACUGUAACCUGCGAACACGGAUUAUCCCUGCCCACCAACGGUCUCUUCAGAUCUAUAUUACUGGUGAUCAGGAGUGGGAAGACACAGAAGGCUUAGAUCUGGACGCGUACAUUAAAGCUACUCGAACUUGGGAGAUGGCUUAUGGGUCUAAGCUGAGUCGCUAUGCAGUAGUAAAGAACGACUCUGGAGAUAGCCAUUUCGUCUGGAUUGCGCAUCAUUCGAUCAUUGACGGCUGGUCUUUACAAAUAACGUUCAGGACUCUUCACGAGUACUAUUGGAACAGCCCUGUUACCUCGCUUCCAUCGUAUCCAGGGUUUAUUAAGAACGUAAUGGAGCUUGACAACGACGAGGCGAGCUCAUUCUGGGCGCAAAAAUUAGAAGGUGCCUCGCGUCCUUCUUUCCCCUCACCGCAUCUGGAUAUCAAGCCCAACUUCGAGUUUGUUUACCAGGAUAUAAGCAUACCUGAAACCUUCUCCGGCUCCAUCACGAAGGCCACCGUUCUGCGAGCGGCGUGGGCAAUUGUCCAGGCAAAACAUUGUAACUCUGAUGAUAUUUGCUUUGGGGCUACUUUAUCCGGCCGUAAUGCCUCACUUGUUGGCCUGCAGAAUAUGCCUGGGCCAGCAAUCACGACGAUCCCUGUUCGUAUCAAACUUCAAGAUCGGGGUCAAUCCAUUCAGGAGCUUCUUCAACAAGUACAGGCUGAGGCAAUAGAGAUGUCGGCUUUCGAGCAAUUUGGUGUGCAGAAUAUUGCCAAGGUUAGCGAUUAUGCAAGGGAUGCAUGCCGAUUCUCAACCCUCAUGGUUAUUCGACCAAAGCAGUAUCUGCAAGAAUCUGGGAAUGACAUCCUAAUAACCACUGACGAGGAGAUGAACAUUACCGAGAAAGAGAUGGUGAAUUACUUCAAUUAUCCUCUCAUCAUCGAAUCGGGAAUGCUCGAUAACAAAAUAAGCAUCCGAUUCGUUCAUGACACAAAUAGCUUGACGAGGGAUUUAGUAGAAGCGAUUGCGCAUCAGCUCGAUGAAAUCGCUACACAGCUCUUUAGUAAUAACUCAAAGACGGUUGGAGAUUUGGUGUUUUCUGGAUCUUGGGAUCAAGAACACGCACUUAGACACCAAAACUUGAUGCCUUCCACUGACAUGUAUUCUCACGCCAUGAUACUGAAACAGAUCAGGGAGACACCAGACCUUCCUGCCAUUGUGUCUUGGGAUGGUACAAUGACUUACGGGGAAGUCGGAGAUUAUGCUUCGAGACUCGCUGCGCAGCUCCAGUCUCUUGGCGUUGGACCUGAGCAACUUGUGCCCAUUUGCUUCCCUAAAUCGAUUUGGGCCGCAAUUUCCAUGAUCGCGAUCAAUUUGGCCGGUGCCGCAUUUGUUCCAUUAGAUCCUACCGCGCCGGUGAACAGGCUCAAGACAAUCAGCAAGGAUGUCCAGGCCAGCCUUGUCCUCUCAUCAGAAGAUUCUCGCCAUAUCGCCAAGCAGCUGGGUACAAAGCUACUACCAGUGAGCGAAGGGUUCAUUAAGGGUCUACCUGCGGCCUCUCCGACCGAGCUCACAGGUGCCGCCAAGCCAUCGAAUGCCAGCUUCGCAAUCUUCACGUCCGGAUCAACUGGGAAACCAAAGGGUAUCCUGCAUGACCAUGCCUCCCUCUGCUCAGCGAUUACUGGCUACACUGACAAGAUGAGUUUCGGACCUGGAACAAGAGUAUUUGCUUAUUCUGCAUACACAUUUGACUGGGGCAUAAUGGAUGUUUUCGGUCCCCUUUCCCGAGGUGCCUGUGUUUGCAUCCCAUCUGACUACCAGCGGUAUAAUGGCAUCACCGAAGCAAUCAACGAGCUUCAAGCCAACUGGGCUUUCUUCACUCCCACAGUUGCUGGCCUGAUUGAUCCUACGAGCGUGCCAACUCUCAAGAAUAUUGGUCUGGGAGGAGAAGCGAUUUCGCAGCAGCUCGUCCACCGCUGGAGAGAUUUUGUUACUCUUCACAAUUUCUAUGGACCAGCUGAAGCUACCAUCAAUGGCUAUCAGACAGUAGGCAAAUCAGACAACCCCAACAAUAUCGGCGGCCCAAUAUCAUCAGCAUGGUGGGUCGUCGAACCUGAGAAUUGGAAGAAAACUGUUCCUGUCGGCUGCAUUGGUGAGCUGCUCAUCCAAGGCCCAUUAUUGGCUCGCGGCUACAUUAAUGGAGGCGAACAGGCCGAUGCUGCCUGGCUAGAUAAUGUCGACUGGCUGCCAGCCGAUAUGCCUAGCAGAGCAUACAGAACUGGAGACCUUGUGCGCCGCAAUGCAGAUGGCAGUUUUGAUUUCAUCGGGCGAAAAGAUACACAGAUCAAGCUCCACGGCCAGCGUGUCGAGCUUACUGAGAUUGAGUCUCGCCUGGAUGAGAUCUUGCCUCAAGAUAUGACUUGCGUCAUUGACACGAUCCUGAAUGACGAGACCAAGUCAACCACUUUAGUCGCUCUCAUAUGGUAUUCUAAGGGGCCUAUUUCAACUCAUCCUCAGUUCGGACUAGUUUCAGAGGUCACUGAAGAGAUGAGAAACCUUAUUGCUUCUAUCGAUUCUUCUCUGAACCACGUUUUGGCGCGCUACAUGGUCCCUAGCAUGUAUCUUGUUUUCCAGGGUGUACCUGAGCGCCUUGUUUCUGGCAAGAUUGAUAGACGCGAGCCACCAGCCACGGAGGCCGAACUGAGACUCCGUGAGUUGUGGGCACAAGUCCUUCGAAUUGAUGCCGAAGAGAUCAAACGUCAUGAUAGCUUUUUGAGAGCUGGCGGUGACUCCAUCAGUGCUAUUAGGUUGGUUACCCUAGCACAUGAGAGAGGGCUUAUUCUUGAUGUUGCGACCGUUUUCCGAGACCCUAGACUUUCUGCUAUGGCUGCCGCGACAGAUUCAAGCAUCCAUCCUCUCGAAUACAAUGUUGAACCCUUUGGUCUUGCCGACCAGGACAAAAUCGGCAACAUCACUGUUGAAGCUCGAAAGCAAUGUAAUCUCUCUGGUGGAAUAGUCAUCGAUGAUAUUUUCCCAGCUACUCAUCUACAGCAGGGACUCAUGGCUCUCACCGUUAAGCAGCCCGGGUCAUACAUUGCCAGGCAUGCAUAUCAACUAUCGGAAGAUAUCGACAUCCCGAGGUUCCAAGAGGCACUCCGAAAGACGGUUGAAACAUGCACUAACUUGCGUACUCGGAUAAUCGAUUUUGAGGGUCAAGCACUGCAAGUUGUUGUUCAAGAUGACUAUGAAUGCGAAUUGGCACCUGGAAAUGCGGAUCUCAACUAUUUGAUGGAAUCUUCGAAUAAGACCAACAUGACAUACGGAUCUCGGCUGAACCGAUUCAUGCUUGUAAGAGGCAACAGUGACAUCUACUUCUUAUGGCUUAGCCAUCAUACUACUUUCGAUGGCUGGAGUCUUGGAAUUGUCAUGUCUACUUUGAAGAAGUUCUACCAACGCAUGGAUAUUCCAGAGGUAAAGCCAUACUCUUCGUUCGUCUCAUAUACCUUGGCAGUUGACAAUGCUGCUGCUGAAACGUACUGGGCUAGCCAAUUGAGCGGCUCCCAGAAGGCGUCCUUCCCCUCACAACAACUGACUCCUUCGGGCGUGACGCAAGUGUUCGCGAAGGAGCUUACCUUGCCUCAAUCCGUUAGAAGCUCAAUAACCCGUGCUACGGUUCUUCGAGCGGCAUGGGCAAUGCUCCUUGCGAAGUACUGCGGGACAGAGAGCGCUACUUUCGGUGCCACUGUUUCUGGCCGUAAUGCUCCUGUACAAGGAAUCGAGAGUAUUUCUGGCGCUAUGAUUGCAACGUUGCCAAUCCAUGUUGUAUUGAACCCUCAGACUUCCGUUGGAAAGUUCCUAGAUGACGUGCAGAGGCAGUCGUCGGAUAUGAUUGCAUAUGAACAAUUCGGUUUGCACAACAUUGCAAAGAUUAACACCGAUACCAAGGAAGGCUGUGACUUCUCAAGUUUGAUCGUGAUUCAGCCAGCUCAGAAGAUGGGUCUAGGUACUGGGAAUGAAAUAAUGAACCCUAUAAAUUCAGACGAUAGACCCGUCGAGGAGUCGCUCCAGGGGUACUUCAACUAUCCACUGGUGAUGCAAGCAGCAUUGAUUGAUGACAAGGUUGAAUUGGCCCUCAUUUACGAUACAGGGGUGCUUAAACACAUGCAAGUGCAGGCUCUUGGUUACCAAUUCGAGAAGCUUGUUUCUGAGCUUCUUACAUUCAGCAGCGACAAGCCUCUGAAGGACAUUGCAAUGACAUCGUCAUGGGAUAUUGCAACCAUCAUUUCUCGCAACCCCGUACCAGAGAUCAUUGAGUCUUGCAUGCAUCAAGUUAUUGAGAACCACGCUGCUGUUCGUCCAAAUUCGCCGGCUGUCUUUUCUUGGGACGGCCAGCUCAGCUAUGGCGAGCUCAAUGAUACCGCUAAUCGUCUUGCAUCCCACCUUGUGAGGAAACACAAUGUCCAAGUAGGUGAUAUUAUUCACUUAUGCUUCGAAAAAUCCAUGUGGUAUUUCGUAGCUAUGCUAGCUUCGAUGAAAGCAGGGGCAGUGUUUUCUCCUCUUGACCCAGAGCAUCCUGAACAGCGCAAGAAGUCCAUCAUCAGCCAGACACAGGCCAAGAUAAUUAUUAUAUCUCCUCAAUAUGAGGCGAUGUGCAAGGAUCUUGUUGACACGGUCAUUCCGUUGUCCCCAAGCCUAGACGCUGAACUGGAUCGCGUUUCACAUAAUCUUACUGCGGCUGCCUCUCCUGAUGACCGUUGCUACAUCAUGUUUACGUCAGGAAGCACUGGAACUCCGAAGGGCUUUGUGAUUACGCAUCGAUCUCUGUGCACUGGACAGCAUGCCAUCACCAAGGUCACGAAAUUAGACUCAAGCGCUCGCGUGCUCCAGUUCUCGAACUUCGUGUUUGACUUCUCAAUUGGUGAGAUUUUCCAAGCUAUGAACAAUGGUGCAUGCAUCUGCGUCCCGUCGGAAGAAGCGCGAUUCAACGAUAUCCAAGGAUUUAUUCGCACCGCACGUAUCAACAGCUUGUUGAUAAGUCCAGCCUUCGCCAGGACCUUGAGCCCAUCUGAGAUCCCAUCGGUAAGCUUCCUCUUGCUUGGAGGAGAGAAUGUGCCCCAUGACUUGUUUGAAACCUGGUUCGGAAAGGUUCGACUCUUGAAUGCAUGGGGUCCGGGUGAGGCCUGCUUCGCUGCAUCUGUACACGAGUAUGGAUCCAUCAAUGAAUCACCGGCUUCAAUUGGCUCGCCAGUAGGGGCUUUCUCGUGGAUUGUAGACCCUGAUGAUCACACCAAGCUUGCACCAAUCGGCACGAUCGGAGAAGUCCUUAUCCAUGGGCCUACGGUACUUCAAGAGUAUCUUGGUGACGUUGAGAAGACGAAAGAAACCAUGGUCACAGAUCUUGCUCCUUGGGCGCAACAAAGGGAUGUACCCUUCAGCCGAGCAUUCAAGUCUGGUGAUCUAGCGUUUUAUAAUGCCAACGGCGUGAUGGAAUUCGUUGGCCGGAAGGAUACGCAAGUGAAGAUUCGCGGUCUCAGAGUUGAACUCGGAGAAAUCGAACACCAAGUUUCAUCUACCUUGGACGGCGUUGCUCAAGCCGUCGCUGAGGUCCAUCGCACAGACGAGGCUUCUCGCAUUGUUCUUUACUUUUCAUUCUCCAAUGAGAGACGAAGUGUAGAUGACUUAUUUUCAACAGGCACAAUGUUCUCUGAUAUCACGCCCGAGGUUGGGGCCAAGCUCCAGGAGCUGAUUGGAAAGUUGAAGAUGGUUCUUCCAGGAUACAUGGUUCCGUCGAUCUUUGUUCCCUGCAACUUUAUGCCAAUAGGCCGAUCGUCAAAGCUGGACCGUGGCUUACUGAAACGCCUUGUAGCAGAGCUUGUUACGGAUAGGCUCCAACACUAUUCUCUUGCAAACAGCGUGAAGCGAUCGCCAGAGUCCCCUAUGGAAUUCCGCCUAAGGUCACUUUGGGCAUCAAUUCUGAAUCUGUCUGAAGACUCUAUAGGAAGAGAUGACAACUUCCUUCAGAUCGGUGGAGACUCAGUUUCUGCUAUCCACCUCGUCACUGUAGCCCGUGGGCUUGGCAUCAAGUUAACCGUGCAGAAUCUCUUCGAUGACCCAAGACUGUUUAUGGUGGCCUCCCAUUGCGUUGAGAUUGAAAUCCCUACUGAAUCUUACGAAGACCUCGAACCAUUUGAGUUGAUCCCUGACUCACUCCAAGACAUGGAUUGGGAAAGUGAGGCUAUUGAGUUGUGUGAUCUCGACGAUGAGCAAACAAUUGAAAAUGCCAUGCCAGUUACGCCUUUCCAGGAGGGUUUGAUGGCUCUUCUGAUGAAGCAACCUGGUUCAUAUAUUGCAAAAUGGGUAUACCGUAUUCCUGCAAACGUCGACAUCCGUCGAUUCCGCAAUGCAUGGGCUAAGGUUGUCUUAUUCUGCCGGAACUUGCGAACUCGUAUUAUCAACAUCGGCCAAGUUUCAUUACAAGUAGUGGUUGGAAACGAUACAGCCUGGGAGAAUACUAAGAACGUGGACUUGCAGAAGUUCUUGGAUCUGCACAAGAAUAUCACGAUGGCUCCUGGUACUCGGUUGAACAGGUGGGCUCUCAUAAAAGAGCCCACUGGCGAAAACUAUUUCGUUCUGAUCUGCCAUCACGCUACUUAUGACGGUUGGACAAUGAGACUCAUGCUGCGGACUUUGGCCGAAGCGUACAAGAGAUCCAAGGGACCUUGGCCCAAGCCAUUUGAUGGGUUCAUUAAAUACACCACGAAAAUGAAUAAUGAUCGUGCUCGAGAGUACUGGCUUGAUCAACUUCGAGAUGCCAAGGCUGCCCCUUUCCCACCUGUCACGCGCAAUACUGAGACGAAGACUGAAGUCAUGAACAAGCUGGUGGAGCUACCCACAUCCUCGCACAAUGCCAUUACACAAGCUACAAUCAUGCGAGCAGCUUGGGCUUUGGUGCUUUCCCAGUAUAGUGAAAUGGACGACAUCUGUUUCGGUACUUCUGUUUCUGGUCGACAGGCAUCAGUUCCUGGCAUUGGUGAGAUAGCCGGCCCAGUGGUGACUACGACACCAGUCCAUGUGCGAGUCGACAGGAGCAUCUCUGUUUCUAGGUUUCUGCAAAGAAUCCAAUCCCAGGCUACUGAAAUGAUAAACUACGAGCAGUUUGGAUUGCAGAACAUCUUGAAGCUGGGAGACAAUAUAAAAGAAGCUUGUACUUUCAGCAGCUUGCUUGUCAUUCAACCAAUGGAGAAGCUGCUUGAGAUGGGUAGUGAUUCCGACGCAAUUGUUAUCCCCGUGGAAACUGGAAAUGGGGAUUCAUCAAGCCUCGAAGGCUACUUCAGUUACCCUCUGGUUGUUCAGACUCUUGUAUCUUCGGACAUGAUUCGAUUGAACGUGACCUACAACUCCUGUGAGUUGAGCGAGCUGCAAAUUACUGGUUUGGUUAAUCAGCUUGAGCAUAUUAUCACGAGACUCACCGUCGAGACUUCGCGUCCUUUGAGCGAAAUUUCAAUUGCCGGUGACUGGGAUUUAAAGCAAGCGACCGAACUAAAUCGCGAGGUACCAACCAUCAUGGAUACCACUUUCCAUGACUUGGUUGCGCAGCAAGCCACGAUUCGGCCAGAAGCUGUUGCUAUUCGGGCCAGUGACGCAACACUCACAUACAGCCAGUUAGACAACUACGCCAAUGAUCUAGCAUCUCAUCUGAUUAAGUCAUUGAACGUCAAAAGAGGUGAUCUCGUCCAUGUGUGCUUCGAGAAAUCGGCCUGGCAUUUUGUUUCUAUCUUGGCAAUUAAUAAGGCUGGCGCUGCAUGGGUUCCGCUUGACCCAUCUCACCCAACUCAGCGCCAUCAACAGGUAGUUUCUCAGACAGGGGCAAGUUUAGUACUGUCCUCCUCUAACUACGCAAAAACUGUUUCGAGCCUGAUUCCAACUGCUCUCGAGAUCACGGCGGGUUUCCUCAACGACUUAGCCCUGGAUAGCGGCACCGGAAGCGUCACAACUAAUAUCGCAAGAGGAUCUGACGCAUGCUACGUCUUGUUCACAUCUGGUAGCACAGGCACGCCAAAGGGCCUUGUGAUGACGCAUCGAUCCGUUUGCACUAGCCAAAAAGCGAUCGGCGACAGACUCGGCUUGUCUCCAGAAGUCAACAUGUUGCAAUUCGCAGCCUUUGUUUUCGACCUUUCCAUAGGCGAGAUUGUGGGAGCUCUAAUCACAGGAGCUACUGUCUGUGUGCCAUCCGAUGAAACGAGAUUGAACGAUCUGAGUGCGUUCAUUCGCGAUACGAAUGUAACUUGGGCGUAUCUUACACCCUCAUUUGCUCGGACAUUGACACCUGAAUCAGUACCAUCAUUAGAAUUGAUGCUAUUCGCAGGAGAAGCAGUUGGCCGGGAUGUAUUUGAAACAUGGGUCACUACAAAAGUUCGGCUCGUCAAUGGUUGGGGUCCUGCAGAAACCUGUUGUUUUAGCACACUGCAUGAGUGGAAGUCAGUCGACGAAUCCUCACUAACUUUAGGAAGGCCCGUCGGAGGAUUCUGCUGGAUUGUCGACCCUGAGGACCAUAACAAGCAUGCACCCAUAGGAACAGUGGGAGAAAUCAUGAUUCAGGGACCUACUAUCUUGAAGGAGUACCUAGCCGAUCCGGAGAGGACCGCGGCAACUACGGUAACGAAACUGCCAUCCUGGGUCCCGAAGUCCAAGGAGGAGAACUGGGGCCGCUUUUAUAAGUCUGGCGAUCUAGGGUUCUAUAACGCCCAGGGCCUGAUCGAAUUCUCAACUCGCAAGGACACUCAAAUCAAGAUCCGCGGCCUUAGAGUUGAAUUAGGUGAGGUUGAGCACCAAAUCAAAGUCAACUUCCCUGCUGCUCAACAGGUUGCUGUUGAUGUGUUCAAUUCAACAGCUGGUACUACUCUCGUUGCCUACUUCUGUCUGACCAACAAUAAUCAAAUAUCUGGCGGAUCCGACAAUUGGACUGGAGUUUUCGAAUCUAUUCCUUCCAGUAUGCACGCAGAUCUUACGUCUCUGGCAAGCAAGCUUGACAUUGUUCUACCGCGGUACAUGGUUCCUUCAAUGUUCAUACCGUGUAGCUUCAUGCCUUUCAUUACAUCUUCCAAACUUGAUAGAAAGGCUUUGAAGGCUCUGACCUUGAGGCUCAAUGCCGAGAGUCUACAGCAUUAUUCCCUCUCCGACUCCGCAAAAGCGCUUCCCGAGUCAGCCAUGGAAAUCAAGAUCCAGACCAUCUGGGCCGAGCUACUCAAGAUCCCCGCCGAGUCGAUUGGAAAGGAUGACAGCUUCCUCCGUAUAGGCGGUGAUUCGAUUACUGCAAUCCAUUUCGUCAAUGCAGCUCGUGAAUCCGGUAUACACAUAUCAGUACAGAACAUUUUUGAUGACCCUCGGCUAUCCGCCAUUGCUGCUCGAGCGACGGAGGUUGAUUCUAAAUCCGAACUCUCAGAGUUGCAACCAUUUGAUCUCUUGGAUGAAUCUUUGCGGUCAUCGGUCCUGGGAGAGGAUAUCCGGAGCGCUUGCAACCUGACCGACGGACAAGAAAUUGAAAAUUCAUUCCCAGUAACGCCCCUGCAGGAAGGCUUGAUGGCAUUGUCAGUUAAGCAGCCGGGAUCCUACAUCGCAAAGUGGAUCUACCGCUUAGCAGAGGAUGUCGAUCUUGAUAAGUUCCGCGGUGCCUUCGAGCAUACGGUCCAGACAUGUGCCAAUCUACGAACCCGCAUAGUUCGUGUUUCAGACACAACCGUUCAACUUUAUGUCAAGAACGACAUCUCAUGGGAGGAAACCUCGGGAAUGAGUCUUCUCGACUUCAUGGAAGUGGCUGAUGAUAUGAAAAUGCAGUUUGGCUCACGCUUGAACCGCUAUGCUAUCGUCAGGGACGAAACCUCAGGCCACAGUUACUUUAUCCUCAUUGCUCACCAUGCUUCUUAUGAUGGCUGGAGCUUGCAACUGGUCCUAAAUGUUUUGUCUGAUGCUUAUAACGGCAGUUUCAACGCGGUCGUAAAACCGUUCGACCACUUCAUCCAUUACUUGGUGAACUUGGAUAAGGAAGAUGGCCGCAACUUCUGGUUGAAGCAGCUUGAAAAUUGCAACCCCACUACCUUCCCUAGUGUUUCACGAACUCCCAAAGCUCCUCUCACCAAGGUUCUUAACCAAAAGAUGGAAGUCCCUGAGGUUGAUGCUUCCAUUACCAAGGCUACGAUCGUCCGAGCUGCCUGGGCGAUUGUUUUGGCUAGAUACUGUGACACCGACGACAUUUGCUUCGGAACUUCUAUUUCAGGGCGCCAAGCUCCUGUUUCGAAUUUGGGGCAAAUAGCAGGCCCAGCUGUAGCCACCCUGCCUAUUCGGAUUCGUCUAGAUGGCUCCCUAUCAAUUCAUGAGUUCCUCCGGAAAGUCCAAUCUCAGGCUACAGAGAUGAUUCCAUAUGAACAAUAUGGUCUUCAAAAUAUCUCAAAAGUAAAGGACAAGUUCAAGGAACUCUGCGACUUCUCGAGCUUGCUAGUCGUGCAGCCCUACCAGAAAAUGGCUGAAAUCGGUGGGGAGGCCGAGACUCUAUUAACUCCUCAUGAGCUUGAUGAGACAGAGGCUGAAUCCAGUCUGUCGGGAUACUUCAGCAUUCCGCUGGUUUUCCAAACAGUCUUGUAUGAUGAUGUGUUCAACCUCAACCUCACUUAUGACUCCAAUACCGUCACACAGUUCCAAGCUGAAGCUCUUUUGAAUCAAAUCCAACACGUUAUCAAUGAUCUGCUCCAUGCAACAGAAAGACCUCUGUCAGCUGUGUCACUUACUGGACAGUGGGAUGAAGAGAUUGCCCGCGCUUCAAAUAUGGAAACUCCUCAGAUUGUCGAGUCAACCGUCCACAACAUGAUUGAAAGACAAGCGACUAUGCGACCUCGAGCUGUUGCCAUUCGAGCUCAUGACUCAACCUUGACAUAUAAGGAGCUCAACGACAGCGCAAAUAGGCUCGCUAGCUACCUAGUAUCUGAGAGUUUGGUCAAGCCUCGAGAUUUCGUCCAUGUUUGCUUUGAGAAGUCAGCCUGGCAUUUUGUAGCUAUUCUUGCUAUUAAUAAAGCAGGUGCCGCAUGGGUCCCUCUCGAUCCAUCCCAUCCAAGGCAACGCCAUGAGCAGAUUGUUAGCCAAACUAGAGCCACGUUGGUCCUCGCUUCCGCUACCAAUAUGGCCAUCUGCACGCACCUAGCCAAUACCGUUCUUGAGGUCUCUCAAACACUUGAUGAUGACAUCAAGAGUAAGAACUUAGCCGAUCUCAAGUCUUUCAAGAUAAGCGUAUCGCCCCGAGAUGCUGCUUAUGUUCUAUUCACCUCGGGCUCAACUGGCACACCAAAAGGUCUUGUCAUGGAGCAUGGCGCCGCUUGCACGAGUCAAGUAGCAAGCGCUCGAAGACUUGGUCUUGACUCAAGUGUCAGAAUGCUUCAAUUUGCAGCAUUUGUAUUUGACCUUUCUAUCGGUGAGAUUCUCGGACCGCUUAUUAGCGGCGCUACACUCUGCGUACCAUCAGAUGCCGAUAGAAUGAACCGUUUGACUGAUUACAUUGGUGAAAAUAACAUCAAUUGGGCAUACGUGACCCCUGCAUUCGUGCGUACCCUAAAGCCAGAAGAUCUUCCCACGUUGGAGCUCCUUGUCCUAGCCGGCGAGGCAGUUGGACGUGACAUUUUCGAAACUUGGAUGAAUAAGCUACGUUUCAUUAAUGCCUGGGGCCCGGCGGAGACGUGUUGUUUCAGUACAUUACAUGAGUGGCAGAGCGAGACUGAGAGCCCUAUGACGAUCGGAACACCUGUGGGUGGCUUCUGCUGGCUCGUUGACCCCAAUGAUCCUCAAAAACUUGCACCUGUGGGUACCUUAGGCGAGGCAGUAAUCCAGGGCCCGAAUCUGCUCCGUGAAUACCUGUAUGAUCCUGAGAGGACUUCUGCUGCUGUCUUGACCGAGUUACCCGACUGGGCUCCCGACAGAGCCCACACCUCUUGGAACCGCUUUUAUCUCACUGGCGACCUUUGUUUUUAUAAUUCAGACGGCAUUUUGGAGUUCUCUUCCCGUAAGGACACCCAGAUCAAGAUCAGAGGUCUACGAGUGGAGGUCGAAGAAGUUGAACAUCGCAUACGCCAGCUGAUGCCUAGCUUACACCAAGUUGCUGUGGACGUAUUCUAUGGAUCUGGCGGUGCUAAUCUAUUCGCUUAUUUCUGUCUUGGAAACUCGACCAGGGUUGGCAAGAUGUCGGAUGAUUGGGAUGACUUGUUUGUCCCGAUGAGCGACACACUUCAAGUAGAGAUCGCAUCUUUGGCAAGCCAGUUACGAACGGUUCUGCCUUCCUACAUGAUUCCAACGACAUUUAUCCCAUGCGCUUACAUGCCUUUUAUCACGUCUUCAAAUCUCGCACAAUAUUCCUUGCAAAAUUCAAAGAAGCGUGAGCCGGAGACAGAAAUGGAAGUGGCUCUUCAACAAAUCUGGGCUGAGAUCCUAAAAAUUCCUGCCAGUUCUAUUGGCCGUGAUGAUAGUUUCCUUGCUAUUGGUGGAGAUUCGAUUGCUGCUAUCAACCUCAUGACCACCGCUAGGGAACGUGGCAUCUCCAUUACCGCUGAUGAUGUAUUCCGCUCCCCCCGAUUGAUGGAUCUUGCUGUUCGGGCAGCAAACGCUCCUAUGCUUCUAAAGUCACCAGCUGUAGAAAUUAGCCCGUUCGAACUACUGACAGAUCUAGAGAGUGAUCUCGUCCAAGGUGCAGAAAUACAUAAGCAAUGUGAUUUACCGUCAGAAGCAACGAUUGAGGAUGCCUUCCCUUGUUCACCGCUUCAGGAAGGUUUGAUAGCUUUAGCUGUCAAGCAGACCGGUUCCUAUAUCACAAAAUAUGUUUUCCAAAUAUCAAAGCAUGUUGAUCUCUCAAAGUUGAAAGCAUCGUGGGAACAUACAAUCCGAACAAACGGCAAUUUAAGGACAAGAAUUAUCCCAUCAAAGGAUAGGUCGAUCCAGAUAAUAGUUAAAGACGAUAUCAGCUGGGAGACGAAUCCCGGGUCUGAUCUGGGAGCGUUUAUCAAGGUCACGCAGCAAUACGAAAUGACAUUCGGAUCCCGACUCAACCGAUAUUCGAUCUUGACAGAUGAGAAAGGUGAUUCUUACUUUGUUUGGAUCGCCCAUCACUCCAUUAUGGAUGGAUGGUCACUCCAACUUACAUUCAGGACAUUGUACGAACAUUACUGGGAAGGUGCUUCUAGUCCCCUCCCUUCUUACGCUGGCUUCAUCAAGCACACACUUGAUCUCAACGGAGACGCCGCUGCUGCAUUCUGGUCGAACCAGCUGGAGGGGGCUUCUCGUUCUACCUUCCCCUCAUCUCCUGCUGACAGCACAGUUAAGCCAACGUUCAAGUUCAAACAUCACCAGAUUGCCACUCCAGAGAAAAGCCAAGUAUCUGCUACAACCGCAACUAUACUUAGAGCCGCAUGGUCUAUCGUGAUGGCCCGUCAUUCCAACACCAAUGACGUUUGCUUCGGUGCCACUCUCUCGGGCCGCAAUGCAGCACUUGAGGGACUCCAGAACAUGCCCGGUCCUGCUAUUGCGACGAUUCCUGUGCGUGUCAAAUUAGACCACAGCACGCAGGUGAAGCAAUUCUUGGAUGACGUUCAGAUGCAAGCCACUGAGAUGACAGCUUAUGAACAGUAUGGCCUCCAAAAGAUCGCCAGAGUUAGUUCGGAUGCUCGAGAUGCUUGUCAAUUUACCACGCUCAUGGUUAUUCGCCCUAAGCCGUUCCUUGAAGAAGGAAGUGACUACACGAUUUUGGAGAUCGGCGAAGCCACCAAGAUUACCGAAGAGGAAAUGGUCAAUUACUUUAACUAUCCAUUGGUCUUGGAGGCAGAUCUCAUGAAGGGACACAUCAAAGUGCGACUCUGUUACGAUAUCCGUGUUUUGUCGACCGAGCUAGUUGAUGCCAUUGGUGAGCAAUUGGAGCUUGUUGUCAAACAACUGUUCGCAAAGCCAUCAGUUCCGAUUGGAGAAAUCGAUCUCGUUGGAGAAUCUGACAUCCAGCAUGCUCUAAGUCAUCAAAAUAUGAGGCCAUCAACCAACCGGCUAAUCCAUGAGAUGAUUCGUGAGCAAAUUGCCAAUACUCCCGACCUCCCCGCUAUCACAUCCUGGGACGGAGAUAUGAAGUACCAUGAGCUUGGCUACUGUGCAGAGCGUCUUGCCAGUUACUUGAAAACGCUCGGCGUCGGUCCAGAGGUAUUCGUGCCAAUUUGCUUCCCCAAGUCCAUAUGGGCUGUUGUAUCAAUGAUUGCUGUAAACAUGGCAGGUGGAGCAUUUGUACCUCUCGAUUUCAAUUCACCAGCUGCACGAUUGAAGACAAUUCUAGCUGAUACAAACUCGAAGAUCGUUCUCGCAGCGCCCUCAUGUGAGGAGCUAGCGAAUGCCUUGGAGCUUGAUGUCAUUCUUGUUGAUGAAGCCUUUAUUCGAGCUCUCCCAGAGCCCGAAGAACUACCCGUAAGAUCUUCCGCGACAUAUCAAAACGCUAGCUUUGUUAUGUUUACUUCGGGUUCAACGGGCAAGCCGAAGGGAAUGGUCUUUGAACAUCGGAAUACAUGCUCAACGUCAAAUAGCCAUGGAGCAAUCCAGGGCUGGGGUCCAGGAACAAGGGUGUUUACUUACUCUGCUUACACCUUUGACAUCGGCGUUAUUGAUGUUAUGGUCUCUUUGUCCCGUGGUGCCUGCCUCUGCAUACCCUCCGAAUGGCAGCGUUAUAACGAUAUCCACGGUGCAAUCAAUAAAAUGCAGGCUAACUGGUCAUUCUUUACUCCCACGCUCGCGAGACUUGUUAGUCCAGCACGGAUUCCUACAAUUCAAAACGUAGGGUUGGGUGGGGAGAACGUGACAAAACAAGUCGUAGAUAACUGGAAGGGUCACGCAACGCUUCAUAAUUUAUACGGUCCUGCAGAAGCUUCUAUCUGUGGCUGGAUUGCCGACGUAGGUCUGAUAUCCAAGCCAAGCAACAUUGGAAUUCCAUCCUCGUGCGCGUGGUGGAUCGUCAACCCCGAAAAUCCUCGACAACUCGUCCCCAUUGGUUGUGUUGGAGAAUUGAUGAUCCAAGGUCCUAUGAUGGCUCGUGGAUACAUUGGCGCGGAUGAAAAGGCGCAGGAGGCAUGGCUGCAUAAUGUUGAUUGGCUUCCUGGAGACAUGCCCAAGAAGGCAUAUCUUACAGGAGAUUUGGUACGCCGUCUUGCUGAUGGCACUUUCGAAUAUUUGGGUCGGAAAGACGACCAGGUCAAGCAUUACGGUCAGCGAGUUGAGCUGGGAGAGAUCGAGUCUCACAUUGAGGAUGCCCUCCCCAGCAACAUGAAUGCCAUCACUGACUUCAUCCGCGAAGAGACGGGGUCAAAUACUCUGGCGGCUUUAGUUUGGUACAACACCGGGGCUUCUGCCGAUCCGCCGUUGCUUCAGCUCGCCGAGAUCGUUACAGACGAGAUGAGAGACACUAUGGUGACGCUCCAAACUCACUUGAGUCGUGCCCUCCCGAGCUACAUGUUGCCCAGCCUUUAUUUGUUCUUCACCGGAACUCCCGAUAAAAUGGCCUCUGGUAAGAUUGAUCGAAAGAAGCUUCGUGCUCUGGCGCGAUCCGCAACCACCAAAGACAAGCUUCGAUUUGCCAACGGCGAAAAGGCGUUUGAGGAACCAGUAACCGAAAUGGAAUUCAAGAUCCGUAACCUCUGGGCUCAGAUUCUUUCCAUCAAUGCUACCGAUAUUGGGAGGCAUGAUAGUUUCCUUCGAGUUGGCGGUGACUCUGUUAGCGCGAUCAAACUGGUUUCCGCCGCAAACGAAAUUGGAAUUGCUCUCACCGUUGAGAUGAUCUUCAAGGACUCGAGACUUUCGGCAAUCGCCGGCGGAAGUUCAAAUGUGGACAAGUCAUUGUUCGACACAAAGCCAUUCGAACUUCUUGCGCCGCAAGACAUUGAGAACAUUCUGUCAAGCAUUCAAGAUCAGUGCAAUCUCUCAGACCGGAGCGUUAUAGAGGACGUGUUCCCCUGUACGAAGAUGCAAGAAGGUCUUCUGGCUCUGGCCUCACGUAACUUGGGAUCUUACACUGCCCGUCAGAUAUUACAGCUCUCACCGGAUGUAGAUCUCACAGUGUUCAAAUUGGCUUGCGAGGCAACUGUGGAACUGUGCGGUAAUCUAAGGACGAAGAUUGUACAAGUGGAUGGCAACUCUUACCAGGCUGUCCUAAACGAGCCUCUUAUGUGGCACAACACAGAUAAUCUUCCGCUAAAUGAGUACUUGGACUUGGCGCGCGGUAUCAAGAUGGGGUAUGGAAUCCCCCUCAGUUACUUUGCUAUCGUGGAGGAAGAUGACAAGAACCGCUUCUUUGUUUGGACCGGUCACCAUGCCAUAUACGACGGUUGGUGCAUUCAGAUCGUCCUCCGCACGCUUUCUGAGGCCUAUCACGGACUCACUGUCUCCAAACCGUUACCAUUCAGCCAUUUCGUCAAGUUUGUCAAUGACAUCGACAAUGAAGUUGCAAGCGAGUAUUGGCGAAAUCAACUCCAAGAUGCCCAGCCCGCAUCAUUCCCGCCACGAGGCCAUAAUGACACCAACGGGAACCGAUACUUCAGCGCGACUGUACCUUGUCCUCCAUCCGCCGACAAUUCAAUCACCAAAGCAACACUGAUUAGGGCGGCCUGGGCUAUUGUGCUUGCUCAACACUCAAGCACUGAUGAUAUUUGUUUUGGUGCAACUGUCUCGGGACGUCAAGCUCCCGUUCCGGGCAUCGAGAGUUUAUCUGGGCCUACUAUUGCCACUGUCCCAGUUCGCAUCCGGCUAGACAAGGACAUGAACACGAACUCCUAUCUCCAGUCAGUUCAAUCUCAAGCUAUAGAUAUGACCCGCUACGAACAGUAUGGGUUACAAAAUAUCUCUAAGCUCGACGCGGAGACGAAGGACCUUUGUGACUUUUCGAGUUUAUUUGUCAUUCAACCAGCUCGGCAGUACGUCGAUUCAGAUGACCACUCACUAUUUGUACCUUUGCAAGAGACCAAGAUUACAAUCGAGGAGUCUCUUGAUGGAUUCUCGGACUAUCCUCUUAUAUGUCAAGUGAUGCUUGGAGAUAAUUCCGUGGGCCUUGAGUACAGCUACAAGACAGGGUUGUUGCAUGAGUCUCAGCUCGUCGCUAUUUCACACCAACUCGGCCAUGUGAUUGAGCAACUCGCCAGCCAAACUGGUACCACGCUUUCUGAUAUCUCAGUAACGGGGCAAUGGGAUCUCCUUCAAGCCGAAGCCUGGAACAAAGCCCCUCUCGCAUCCGACCUUUGCGCUCAUGAACUGAUUUCCCAGCAUGCCAAGACUCGCCCAACAGCAGAGGCAAUAUACUCCUCAGAAGUAUCACUGUCAUUCUCGGAGCUUCAUGACUUAUCCACGAGAUUUGCCGAGCAUCUCUCUUCUCUCGGCGUAGGACCAGAUACAGCCGUACCAUUCUGUUAUGAAAAGUCCCCUUGGGUUGUUGUCGCGAUGGUAGCCAUUAUGAAGGCCGGAGGCUACUUCAUCCCUCUAGAUCCACAACAGCCAGUAGAUAGACUGAGGGAGUUAAUUAAUGAUGUCGGUGCCAAACAUAUCAUUGUGUCCCCCGAGACGCUCAGCGUGUGUCGUGGGUUGGCUCCCACUCUCAUCGAGCUAUCUCAGCAGACAAUACACCAGCUUGCCGAGACCCAAGUUGGCUCGUCGGAGGAUGUGAACGUUUCUCCAAGAAAUGUGGCCUAUUUAUUAUUCACUUCUGGCUCAACUGGAAAACCCAAAGGUCUCAUGGUGGAGCAUGCCGCGCUCAGCGCCGCUGCUGUUCAGGGUCACGGGAAGGAGUAUGGAUAUGAUUCUUCAACUCGCAUGCUGCAGUUUUCACAUUACGUCUUUGACGCCAGCAUAACUGAGAUCAUCUGCCUUCUGAUACGAGGAGGCACGGUCUGUGUUCCUAACGAGCUCGAGCGGCUUCAGGGGACAGUAGAGUUCAUGAACAAGGCUCGGGUCAACAUGACACUUCUAACCCCGUCGUUUGCGAAGACAUUGAGUCCCACUAGCUUGCCGAACCUGAAGAGACUGAUUCUUGGUGGAGAACCCGUUACAAGAGACGUCAUUGAUAAGUGGUUUGACCACGUGGAUGUGCUCAACGCUUAUGGACCUGCGGAAACUUGCGUCUGCUCGAAUGUCUACCACUUCCAAUCUAAAGAUGACGUUCCCGGGAUAAUUGGAUUCGGUGCUAACACUACUUGUUGGAUUGUUGAUCCCGCAAAUCACCAACAACUGGCACCCAUCGGCUGUGUUGGUGAACUUCUACUUCAAGGCUUUGUCGCCCGCGGAUACAUCAAUAAUGAAACGCAAACCAGUAAAGUGUUCUUCGACACGGUCCCAUGGCUUGGGCCGUCUAAGCCCUCAGAUGGUACCAGGUUUUACUUGACCGGAGAUCUCGUUCGAUAUCAGCCCGAUGGAACGCUGGAAAUUCUUGGCCGCAAGGACACGCAACUCAAACUUCGAGGUCAAAGAAUUGAACCGGGGGAGAUUGAAUACGCCAUCAAGAAACGUCGCCCAGAGCUCGAUCACAUCGCCGUUGAUAUUGUCAAAACGGAGCUAGGCGACUCUCUCGUUGCUUUCUUUCCCCAACCCAGCUUGAAAGCUGGUAGUACUGAGUUUUUCGGCACGCUCAAUGCCGAGGAGCAGGCAAGUAUCCAACAAUUGUCUUCUGAUUUGACUUCAACUCUCCCAAGGUACAUGGUGCCUUCGCACUUCUUACCAGUAACGGCGAUGCCAUUCAUCAACGCCAUGAAACUAGAUAGGAAGAAACUUCGACAGAUGGCAACCACUCUAACGUCGCAAGAGCUAUCGUCUUUCACGUUGCAGCACACAAAAGCGGCGCCAACAACAGAACUAGAGUUCAAAUUGCGCGACAUUUGGGCUAGAGUACUCAAUAUACCAGCUGAGCGCAUUGGUAAGAGCGACAGCUUCUUGCAAAUUGGCGGCGAUUCCAUCUCCGCUAUCCAUUUAGUGUCACAGGCACAGACCGAAGGUAUUGGGCUGAGUGUGCUAGACAUAUUCAAGGACUCCCGUCUUGAAAGCAUGGCUAGCUACUGUUCGACACUUGAGUCUGUUACGACAGACGACAAAAUUAGUGCUUUCAGCCUGCUCCCUGGUGAGCUUGCUGAUAUUGAGAAGACCACAGCAGCCAUUCGCAAAGCGUGCGCCUUGAAAGGAGAGCAGACAGUGGAGGAUGCAUACCCCUGUACACCUCUUCAAGAGGGCCUCAUCGCCCUCUCUGUCAAGCAGCCCGGUUCUUAUAUUGCGAAGAAUGCAUUUAAUCUUUCUGCCGAUGUCAAUAUUGAAAAGUUCAAGAGUGCCUGGGAGCGCGUCGUCAGCCUCUGUGCCAAUCUGCGGACCAGGAUAGUAGAAUCCAACGGGAAGCACAUUCAGGCAAUCAUUGAGAACGAUGUCGAAUGGGAUACUUUCCACCCCUCUGAUCUCUCUCAAGCAUUGGAGUCGUCAACGCAAGUCAGCAUGGGUUACGGAUCCCGGCUGAGUCGGUAUAGCAUUGGUCAGAAUCUGGACAACAAGCAGUACUAUUUCCUUUGGCUCUGCCAUCAUGCAGUUUUCGAUGGCUGGACCAUGAGUGUGGUCAUGGAUUUAUUGUAUCGGUCUUAUUACAACCAGGAACUUCCUUCUAUCCGUCCAUACGCUAAUUUCAUAUCUUAUGUCAUGGAUAUGGACCUGGCAGCAACUCAAGAAUAUUGGAAGAAGUCGCUGCUCGGCGCGCAAAAGACAGCAUUCCCACCCAACAAAUCCUCCCAGAAACAGGGCCCCUCUCGCAGUUUCACUCAGUCGAUCCAAUUCCCGAAGUCGACUGCCACGUCAAUAACCAAGGCCACUGUGCUACGAGCAGCCUGGGCCAUUGUGCUCUCUCGUUACUGCGAGACCAACGAUGUUACGUUUGCAGCUACAGUUUCGGGUCGAAAUGCUCCCGUGGUAGGCCUCGAGUCAACACCUGGGACAGUCAUCUCAACAAUCCCGGUCCGUGUUCAGUUAGAUGGGGAUCAAACGGUCAAAGCGUUCCUGCAGUCUGUCCAGUCACAAGCUUCUGAUAUGAUUCCAUACGAACAAUUUGGUCUUCAGAAUAUCUCCAAAUUGGGCCCCGAUGCUAAAGAAGCUUGCGAUUUCUCAAGUUUAAUGGUUGUCCAACCUGUCCAACAAAUGGGCCUCGCCGGAACAGUUAACGAUCAACUCCUGGUUCCGGCCGUCACUACUAUUGAAGGCAACGAAAAGUCUUUGCAAGGAUACUUCAGCUACCCAUUGGUGAUCCAAGGUGCGCUGUCAGACCUAGGGGCUGAACUCUUCCUGACAUACGACUCGGGUCUUCUGGAGGAGCAUCAGGUUCUUGGGCUUUCAGAGCAACUUGCACAAGUUGUACAGCAAUUAACCACGCUUGGUGAUGUCAAACUUGGCAAUCUUUCAAUGACAUCAUCUUGGGACAUCGAAGAGGCGAAACGGUUCAAUUUGAACAGGACUCCUCAGAUCAUUGACAGCUGUAUCCACAAGGUCAUUGAAGCGCAAGCGAUGCACCAACCUCAAGCUCCGGCAAUUCAUGCCUGGGAUUAUCAGUUGACGUAUGCUGAGCUCAACGGGUAUGCAAAUCAGCUGGCCCAUCAUUUGAUUAAAACGUUUGGAAUCAAAUCUGGAGACGUUGUUCAUGUCUGCUUCGACAAGUCGGCAUGGUAUUAUGUGUCUAUCUUAGCUAUCAACAAAGCUGGUGCCGUGUGGUCACCUCUAGAUCCCGCUCACCCAACACAACGCAAGCAAUAUCUCGUUGUGCCGAAUGUCCUUGCUAUCAAAGCUGAUUUCAUCCUUCAACUUCCACAUGAUGCAACCGCAGGCCCGAGCAUCCAGACCGCUUCUGAUGAUAUUGCCUAUAUUCUCUUUACUUCCGGCAGUACAGGUGUACCUAAAGGCUUCGUUAUGUCUCAUCGCGCACUAUGCACCAGUCAAGCUGCGUUGUCCGGAAGACUUGGUUUGACCCAGAGAAUCAGAAUGCUGCAGUUUGCGUCCUAUGUCUUUGAUUUCUCGAUUGGUGAAAUCUUUCAUUGUUUAGGAUCUGGAGGCUGUCUUUGUGUUCCUUCAGAAGAUGACCGAUUGAAUGAUAUAAGUCGGUUCAUUCGCGAUGCCAAUAUCAACUGCGCCUACCUUACACCGUCAUUCACGCGAACGAUAAACCCCGAGCAGGUUCCGUCGCUCGAGAUGCUCGUUUUUGGUGGAGAGGCCGUAACCAGGGACGUAUUUGAUCAAUGGUUUGGCAAGGUUCGAUUGCUCAAUGCUUAUGGCCCCGGCGAGGCAAGCACUAUUUCAACCAUUUACGAGUACCAAUCUAGUGAAGACUCUGCCGGUAAUAUCGGAACACCCAUCGGAUGCAUGUGCUGGAUUGUUGACCCUCAAGACUCUUCUCGACUUGCGCCUGUGGGCACCGCUGGAGAGCUCAUUAUUCAAGGGCCUGGGCUUCUUUCUCACUACCUUGGAGAUCCAGAGCGAACACGGGAGUCGGUAAUUGAACAAAUACAUGAGUGGGCUCAUGACAGGCACAAACCAUACAUGGGAAGAGCCUUCAGAUCCGGUGACCUAUGUUUCUAUCGACCGGACGGAAAUAUUGAAUUCGCCAGUCGAAAGGAUACUCAAGUCAAGAUCAGAGGUCUUCGUGUCGAACUGGGUGAAAUUGAAUAUCAUAUACUCUCUCUUCUGGAGGGAGUAUCUCAAGUUGUUGCGGAUGUUGUUCGAUCUGGAGACUCUUCUAAUGUUGUGGCCUACUUUUCCUUCUCCGACUCGAACAAUUGCGACUCGAUAGACCUAUUCUCCGAGAUCACACCAGAGCUUUCCUCCAAAUUGACCAAGCUCGUCGGUGAACUGAAACUCGUCCUUCCAAGUUACGAGGUUCCUUCCAUUUUUAUUCCUUGCAACUACAUUCCAGUCAAUACAUCAUCGAAACUCGAUCGUAAGAUACUAAAGGAGCAAACCGACUUACUGGACCGAGAGAAACUACACCACUACUCUCUUGUGAGUUCAUCUAAACGAGCAACUGAAACCGAAAUGGAAGCUCGCCUUCAAGUUAUCUGGGCAUCCGUUCUCGGUUUAUCAAGAGAAGCUAUCGGCCGUGAUGAUAGCUUCCUGCAGAUAGGUGGUGAUUCCAUUUCUGCAAUUCACGCUGUUGCGGCGGCUAGAGAGGCUGGGAUCCAGACAGCGGUCAACCACAUUUUCAAAGAUCCGCGGCUCUUCAUGGUUGCUUCCCUUGCCACUAAUGUGAGUGCUGAGGACGAGAAUGACGACCAUGGCAUUAGCCAGCCCUUCUACAUGAUACCUACACAGCUUCAUGAUGUAGAAUGGGCAAAGGAAGCUCGCAACCUCUGCCGUCUUCAGCCUGAUGAGGUGAUUGAAAACGCAAUGCCAGUAACGGCGUUCCAGGAGGGUCUAAUGGCCCUCGCUGUCAAGCAGCCCGGCUCUUACAUCGGUCAAUGGAUAUAUAAGAUACCCGACAACGUUGAUAUUCCUCGAUUCAGGGCUGCUUGGGAGCGAACCGUCAGCAUCUGCAGCAACUUGAGGACAAGGAUCAUCAGUAUCUCGCAAACGAUUCUUCAAGUAAUCAUCAAAGAUGACUUUACCUGGGAGCAGACUGAAGGCCUAAUUCUCUCCGAGUACAUUGAGAAGCUGAGCAACAUGGAAAUGACUCUUGGCACGCGACUCAAUCGCUGGGCUCUGAUCGAGGAACCGUCAGGAAACAACUACUUUGUCCUUGCUGCUCACCAUUCCACCUACGAUGGCUGGACAAUGCGGCUUCUUCUUCGCACAGUGGUCGAGGCAUAUACACAGGCUGAUAUUUUUGGUCCGAAAUCAUUUGACAGAUUCGUCAAGUAUACUCAAUCCUUGGAUCAAGACGCUGGUAAGCGGUAUUGGCUUGACCAGCUCAAAGAUGCCAGCCGCGCCACAUUCCCCAAAUUCAGCCAGAACAAGUCUGAUGAUAGUGAAGCCCAAGUCAUCAAUAAGUCUAUCGCUCUGCCGCCCUCGUCUCAUACAUCAAUCACGAAGGCCACAAUCAUGAGAGCAGCUUGGUCGCUUAUACUAGCUCAAUACUGCGACACGGAUGAUGUAUGCUUUGGCACAUCAGUUUCUGGCCGACAAGCUCCAGUCUCUGACAUUACCGAGAUCGCCGGACCGGUCGUGGCCACGGUUCCUGUGCGUGUACGCAUUGACGGGCAGACGUCCGUUUCAGACUUCCUACAGGCUGUUCAAUUACAGGCAACUGAUAUGAUAGCUCACGAACAGUUCGGCCUUCAAAAUAUUUUGAAGCUCGACGACACGAUCCGUGACGCAUGUGCCUUCUCCAGUUUGCUUGUUAUUCAACCGUAUGAAAAGAUGGCCGAAAUGGGUAGCGAAUCCGGUGCAAUUCUAGUCCCAUAUGCUCAGGAUGGGCAGUCUCAGUCAAUGGAUGGAUAUUUCAGCUUCCCUCUGGUGGUUCAAACACUAAUCUCGGAUCAACAUAUCGAACUUAACUUAACCUACGAGUCAGCCGCACUGAGUGAGCGAACCAUGACUGGGUUAGCUAACCAACUCGAGCAUAUCAUCAGGAGCUUGGCCGCCGAAACAACCAAGUCUCUACAGGACUUGUCAAUGGCCAGUCCAUGGGAUCAUCAACAGGUGACAGAUUACAACCAUGAAAUUGCUGAAGUCAUUGACUCGACUUUCCAUGAACUGGUAACGGAACAAGCUCGAACUCGCCCCGACUCCAUCGCAAUCCAAACCUCCGAAGUUGCAUUGACUUACCAGGAGCUGGAUGAAUUGUCAGACAAACUUGCAGCCCAUUUGACAACUUCUUAUGCAGUUUCACGAGGCGACUUUGUCCACAUCUGCUUUGAGAAGUCUGCUUGGCACUUCGUAUCCUUGCUUGCAAUCAACAAAGCCGGCGCAGCUUGGGUUCCUCUGGACCCUUCUCAUCCGCUUGAACGACAGAAACAGGUAGUUUCUCAGACGAAGGCAAAGCUGAUUCUUACUUCAGCGCUACAGGAAGAUCUCGGUGCCAGACUCGUGGGAGAGGUUGUCGUAGUUACAGCCGAAUUCCUCAACAGCCUUACUGCCUCCGAUAGCUUCCAGGCAGCCUCAUCUCCGGGCGACGCCUGCUACGCUCUAUUUACAUCUGGUAGUACUGGAACACCAAAGGGUUUCGUCAUGGAGCACCGGGCCGUCUGCACAAGUCAGAGAGCCAUUGGUAACAGGCUUGGCCUUACCCCUGAAGUCAAUAUGCUGCAAUUCGCCGCAUUUGUUUUCGACCUGUCAAUUGGUGAGAUCAUUGGUCCUCUUAUUACUGGGGCUACCAUUUGUAUCCCCUCGGAUGAGGUCCGCAUGAGUACUCAGAGUUUGGUUGACUUCAUCUCCGAGCAUCGGGUCAAUUGGUCAUACUUGACCCCGUCAUUUGCCCGGACCAUGAAGCCCGAGUCAGUUCCUUCUCUUGAGCUGCUACUCUUCGCUGGUGAAGCUGUUCCUCGAGACGUCUUUGAGACUUGGGUCACAAAGGUGCGUCUUAUCAAUGGAUGGGGGCCCGCAGAGACGUGCUGCUUCAGCACAUUGCAUGAAUGGACUUCGGCAGACGAAUCACCACUUACCCUCGGACGACCUGUUGGUGGUCUCUGUUGGGUGGUUAAAGCAGAUGAUCCCCAGAAGCUCGCUCCGAUAGGCACACUCGGUGAGGUUAUUAUACAAGGUCCAACUCUGCUUCGAGAGUAUCUGGCAGAUCCAAAGAAAACUUCAGAAACUACCUUCACAGACGUACCUGGGUGGGCAUACUCGGGAAGCGAGCAUUGGGGCCGUUUCUACAAGUCAGGCGAUCUUUGCUUCUACAAUUCGGAUGGGCUCCUAGAGUUUGCGACACGAAAGGAUACUCAGGUCAAAAUUCGAGGCUUGCGCGUUGAGCUGGGUGAGAUUGAACAUCAAAUUCUCUCCAAUCUAACCACGGCCCGCCAAGUUGCUGUUGAUGUUUUGAAGACUGAUGUAGGGACUAGUUUGGUCUCUUAUAUCUGCUUCAGUAGCCAGAGCAGGAUAUCACAGCAGUCCAAUGACUAUCAGGAUCUAUUUGCGCCAAUUGACAGCACUCUCCACAGCGAAUUAUCAGCAAUGGUGAGCAGGCUGCAAAUUGUCCUUCCCCGAUAUAUGAUCCCUACUUUCUUCGUCCCGUGCAAUUACAUGCCAUUCAUCACAUCCUCGAAAUUAGACAGGAAGACGCUCCGCGCCGAGGUCGGCAAGUUGGAUCAGGCCCAAAUACACGAAUAUGCCCUCCAAUCAGGAGAGAAGGAGGCACCAAAAACAGCUAUGGAAGUCCAGAUGCAAAAGCUGUGGUCGACAGUGCUGAAUCUCCCAACCGAGUCUAUUGGGCGCGGCGACAGCUUCCUCGCCUUGGGAGGUGAUUCCAUCACUGCAAUCAAUCUCAUGACCGCCGCUAGAGAGCAAGGUAUCGAAAUCAGCGUCAAUGAUAUCUUCCGCGAUCCCCGGCUUUUGAGUGUUUCGCUUGUGGCCAAUGCCUUGGCUAAGCCACUUGAAAAGUCGACCGAUAUUCAACCCUUCGAUCUUCUGUCCCCCGAAGAACGAAGUAUGGUGCAUAGCGGUGCUCUUCAAGCUCAAUGUGGCCUCUCUGAGUCAUCCGUAAUCGAAGACGCUUUCCCUUGUUCCGCUCUGCAAGAGGGACUUAUUGCGCUCUCGGUCAAACAAACGGGUUCAUACAUUACUAAGUAUGUGCUCAAAGUUCCAGAACAUGUAGACCUCGCUCAAUUCAGAGUUGCAUGGGAUCAAACCGUGCAGCUUUGCACGAACUUGAGGACUCGCAUCGUUUCUUCAAACAAUCGCUCCCUUCAAGUAAUUUUCAAGGGUGAGGUUGCCUGGGAGGCCACGGAGGGACUCGGAGUGAACGAUUUCCUCAAGACAACACAAAGUUACGAAAUGACCUUCGGUUCUCAACUCAGUCGCCAUGCAAUGAUUACGGAACAGGGUCAGACCUAUUUCGUGUGGAUCACACAUCACUCUAUUGUCGAUGGAUGGUGCUUGCAGUUAAUCUUCCGCACUCUUCAUGAAUGCUACUGGGGACAGCCUCCCAACAGUCUGGCUCCGUAUGCGGGCUUCAUCAAGCAUGUCCAUAACCUAAACCUUGAGCAGGCCUCUGCCUUUUGGGCAAACAAGCUAGAGGGAGCCUCACGCCCUUCAUUCCCGGCCAAGUCGACUAGCGAUGAGCCCAAUUUCAAAUUUUUAGAUCACAACAUCAGCACCCCUUCGAUGGCGGGUAGCUCAGUUACGAAAGCCACUGUGCUCAGAGCUGGUUGGUCUGUUGUUCUCUCAAAGCACUGUAACAUCGACGAUAUCUGCUUUGGCGCCACACUGUCUGGCCGGAAUGCGGCUGUGGAUGGUUUGCAGAAUAUGCCGGGCCCUGCUAUUGCAACGAUUCCUAUCCGCAUCAAGAUGGAUCACGAUGCUUCUGUGGCGAGCUUCCUGCAAGACGUCCAAGCCCAGUCCACUGAAAUGACAUCUUGGGAGCAAUUUGGUCUGCAAAAUAUCGCCAGAGUCAGCAAGGAUGCAAGAGAUGCGUGCGAGUUUACCACCUUAAUGGUGAUUCAACCCAAGCAGCAUCUUGAUACUGACAACAAGGGUGUUAUCAUUGAUGGAAACGAGGGAGUGAAGACAACUGAACAAGAAAUGGUUAACUAUUUCAACUAUCCUCUUGUUCUCGUUUCCAGCCUUUACAAGGACCACAUUCACGUGAGCUUUGCUUACGACACGAAUGUCUUAUCACCAAAACUUGUCGAAGCUAUAGCCCAUCAGCUUGAUCAUGUCAUGCAGCAACUGUUUUCGAAGAGUACGCAGCUCGAGCCAAUGAGCCAGCUGUCCCUUGUUGGGCCCUGGGAUUUGGAGCAUGCUGUGCGCCACCAGAACAUGAAGCCAUCAACUGAUCGCUGCAUCCACGAGAUGAUCCGAGAACAGAUCAGAAAGACUCCGGAUUUACCGGCUUUAACAUCAUGGGACGGCGACAUGACUUAUGCAGAGCUCGGCCAACACUGUGAACGCCUAGCAAACUAUCUGCUGUCUCUUGGUAUCGGGCCUGAAGUAUUUGUCCCUAUCUGUUUCAACAAGUCAAUCUGGGCUGUUGUUUCAAUGAUCGCUGUGAACAUGGCUGGAGGAGCCUUCGUCCCCCUGGACCCUUCGUCUCCUGUCGCGCGGUUAAAGGGUAUCUUGAGCGACACCAACUCCACCAUGGUGCUUGCUUCACCGGAGUGCUUCGAUACCGCGAAGUCUCUUGAUAUCCCUGUACAUUCCAUCGACCAUGAGGCAAUCCUCAAGCUUCCGGAGCCAAUCUCACCCAUCCAAUCGUCCGUGAGCUUCACCAAUGCCAGCUUUGUCAUGUUCACAUCAGGCUCCACUGGAAAGCCUAAGGGGAUGAUCUUCGAGCACAGAAAUAUUUCGUCAACUUCCAAUAGUCAUGGUGUGAUACAGAAAUGGGGCCCUGGAACUCGAGUCUUCACAUACUCGGCGUAUACAUUCGAUAUAGGUGUAAUUGACGUGAUGGUCUCACUUUCGCGAGGAGCUUGUCUCUGCAUUCCGUCCGAGUGGCAACGCUACAAUGAUAUACAUGGAGCCAUCAACUCCAUGAAAGCUAAUUGGUCCUUCUUCACGCCAACAUUAGCAGGCCUCGUCAAGCCGUCUGAAAUUCCAACGAUUAAGAAUGUAGGUCUAGGUGGUGAGAAUGUCACCAAACAGGUUGUGGAUAACUGGCGUGGCCACGCUACAUUGCACAAUCUCUAUGGGCCAGCUGAAGCAUCAAUUUGCGGCUGGAUUGCCGACGUUGGCAUUGUUUCAAGACCUAGUAAUAUUGGUGUCCCUUCAUCAUGUGCUUGGUGGGUCGUGAACCCUGAGGAUCAUACUCAACUGGUCCCCGUCGGUUGUAUCGGCGAGUUGAUGAUCCAGGGACCAAUGCUCGCCCGAGGAUAUAUCGGAGACGCCAACAGCAGCGUGUGGCUACAUGAUGUUGACUGGGUACCUGGCAAUGCGUCCAGGAAAGCCUAUGUAACUGGUGAUCUUGUCCGUCGGCUGGAAGACGGCACCUUUGAGUAUCUAGGCCGAAAGGAUACACAGAUUAAGCUUCAUGGUCAACGUGUGGAGCUUGGAGAGAUCGAAUCCCGCCUCGAAGUUGUUCUACCACAGAACAUGGCCUGUGUCGUGGAUACAAUCAUCAACGAAGAAGCACAGACGAACACUUUGGUGGCCCUCCUUUGGUAUACCAGGGGUGAAACUUCUGAGGCUCCUCAACUCGAGCUCGUUAAUGAUGUGUCUGACGAAAUGCGUGCUCUCAUCGCUGAGAUAGACUCUUCAUUGAGCCUGUCACUAGCCACGUAUAUGGUGCCAAGCAUGUAUCUUGUCUUCCAAGGAAUGCCCGAACGGAAGAGCUCCGCGAAAGAAAAGCUCAAGUUUGCUCCUGGAGGCGGAGAAGCUGGUGCCCACGAGCCCGUAACCGAUCGCGAGUACGAACUCAGGGACUUGUGGGCUCAAGUCUUGAACAUCAACGCCAAUGACAUCGGACGUCACGACAGCUUCCUCAGGGCAGGAGGUGACUCAAUCAGCGCUAUAAGAUUGGUUACCCUCGCACGUGAGAAGGGCUUCAGUCUAGAUGUAGGAAGUAUUUUCAAGGACCCCCGACUGUCACCGAUGGCGGCUGCUUGCGGCGUCAUUGUUGAUGCCGCACCACCUCCCCAAUGUGAGCCGUUUAGCCUGAUUCCUGCGGACCGCAGAAUUGAUAUCAUGUCCGAAGCUGUCAUUCAAUGCAGUAUCCAGAACCAGACUCAGAUUGAGGACAUUUUCCCUUGCACCCAACUCCAAGACGGGCUUUUAGCACUCACCGUCAAGCAGCCGGGUUCCUAUAUUGCUAGACAUGCCUUCCGUCUUGCUAGCACAGUUAAUAUUUCGCGCUUCGAGCGCGCUCUGAGGGAAACUGCUGAUAUCUGUGUCAAUCUUCGAACAAGAGUAAUCAAAUGCCAGGACAUGGCCUUCCAAGUUGUCAUUAAGGAUGAUGUUGAAUGGGAUGGUAUUCAUACCGGAAUGAAUGCCACAGGUCUGAUGAGAGCAUCCAAGAACAUCAACAUGACCUACGGCUCUAAGCUGAAUCAGUUCAGUCUUGCUCAAGAUGACAGUGGAAAAUGGUACUUUUUGUGGCUUACACAUCAUUCAGUGUUCGAUGGUUGGAGCUUGGGUAUCAUCCUAGACACUUUGAAGAGAGCCUACGAAGGAAACGCAUUACCUAUCAUCAGCCCGUACGUCAACUUCAUCGCAUACACACGCAGUAUUGAUGAGUCGGCUGCUAGAGCCUUUUGGGAACAGCAACUACGGGAUGCUCGGCGAGCACCUUUCCCAUCAAAACGAGCAAAUGCGGUCUCUUCUGAUGACUCCGUCACAGGUGUGCUUACCAAGUCGCUCCCAUUCACACAAUCAGCCCGAACCUCCAUCACCAGAGCCACAGUUCUUCGGGCUGCCUGGGCUAUUCUUCUUGCAAGAUAUUGUGGGACCGACGAUGUAACAUUCGGUGCUACUGUCUCUGGCCGCAACGCUCCUGUGAUUGGUAUCGAAGACAUUCCAGGGGCGAUGAUUGCUACAUUGCCGAUCCGUGUCCGUUUGGACUUCCAAAAAUCUAUCAAGGCCUUCAUGGAAGAUAUUCAACUUCAAUCAUCAGACAUGAUUGCAUUUGAACAAUUUGGUCUCCAGAAUAUUUCUAAGAUAAGCCAUGAUGCGAAGGAGGCAUGUGGCUUCUCCAGCCUGAUUGUUAUUCAGCCUGGACAACAGAAGGGUUCAGUCGGUGCAACGCCUGCCGGAGAAGACUUACUUGCUUCUGCUGGUUCAGAGGAGGAUCUGGUGGAAAACUCUCUCCAAGGCUACUUCAACUACCCCUUGGUCAUGCAAUGCGCAUUGCAUGAGGAUCAGGUUGCGCUAUACUUCUUCUACGAGACCAGUUAUUUACAAAAGGCGGAAAUGGAAGGUAUGGCCCAUCAAUUUGAGCAGGUGGUCUCUGAACUUCUCUCCGAAGAUAACCUCAGACACUUGAGUGAAGUCUCACUUGCGUCACCAUGGGACAUCAGCACCGCGAUUGACAGGAAUCAGACUCCUGAAGUUGUCGAAGAUUGUCUCCACAACAUCAUUGCCUCCAACGCAGUUGAACGACCUGAAUCUCCGGCUGUGUAUGCCUGGGAUGGCGAGCUGACAUACGCUCAACUCGAUGCUACCUCCAACCGUCUCGCUCAGUAUCUCGUAGACGAGUUCAAUGUCAUGGUUGGUGAUGUAAUCCAUGUCUGUCUAGACAAAUCACUGUGGUACAUUAUUGCCAUUCUCGCGAUCAACAAAGCAGGCGCUGCAUUCUCGCCAAUUGAUCCCAGCCACCCACUCCAGCGAAAGCAACAGAUUGUUGAGCAAACUCAAGCGAAGAUCAUGCUCGUGUCACCCAAAUACAUCCAAGAUGCAGCUCAGGUCAUCGAACACGUCAUUCCACUCGACGCUAUCCUCGAUGCGCGCUUGACACCAGUCACGAAGAGUCCUGCGACUUCGGUAUCUCCCACAGACGUUGCAUACGUCCUGUUCACGUCUGGCAGUACCGGGCGUCCAAAGGGCUUCCUCAUCGAACAUCAGUCCAUUUGCACGUCUCAACACGCCCUCGCUGCCCGUGUUGGCCAUGGACCCGAGACCCGCAUUCUCCAAUUUGCAAAUGUCAUCUUUGACUUCUCCAUUGGAGAGAUCUUCCAAGCCUUGACAAGCGGUGGCUGUAUUUGCAUACCAUCCGAGGAGAUGCGGUACAACAAUAUCCAGGAGUUUAUCCGGCAAGCCGAAGUCAACUGUGCGAUGUUGAGUCCUUCAUUCAUUCGCACUCUCAAACCUGAAGAAGUCCCAUGUGUCAAAGCUCUCUUCUUCGCCGGCGAAGCAGUCCCGCAAGAACUCUUUGAUGAAUGGUUCGGCAAGGUGCGCCUAUUCAAUGUUUGGGGACCAGGUGAAGCCGCCUUUGCCUGCUCGGUCUAUGAAUACCAGUCCAAAUACGACUCUCCUGCAACAAUCGGAGAAUCAUUUGGUGCAUCGUGCUGGAUCGUUGAUCCUGAUGAUCCAACUCAACUCGCCCCAAUUGGCACCGUGGGAGAGAUAUUGAUCCAAGGUGCUACUGUUCUCCGCGAGUACCUUGGAGAUCCUGUCAAGACUCAAGCCUCAACACUUAGCCACACACCUAGUUGGGCGACAAGUAAAGAAGUCGGUGUCCCAAGUCGAUUCUUCAAGUCGGGAGAUUUGGCCAUGUAUAAUGCCGAGGGACAAAUCGAGUUUGUUACCCGCAAAGACACGCAAGUCAAGAUUCGUGGGUUGCGAGUAGAGCUGGGCGAGGUUGAACAUCAUAUCCUCGCUCUCCUAGAUGGAGUGAAACAAGUCGUUGUUGACGUGCUUCGAACCGAGGAAGUUCCAAAGCUGGUCGCGUAUCUGGCCUUCUCCGACAGCAAACGCACCAUGACUGAAUCUGAAGAAUUAUUCUCAGCCAUCACAUCUGAGAUCGAGUCCAAACUUGUUGAGAUGAGAGGCAGGCUUGAACUGAUCGUUCCGAACUAUAUGAUUCCUUCGAUCUUCAUUCCAUGCAAUUUCAUUCCGAUCAGCAGUUCCUCCAAACUUGAUCGAAAGAUGCUGAUCCACAAGACAACCGGCCUAACGCGUGAACAAAUUCACCACUACUCUCUAGUUGAUGCCGUAAAGAGAGCACCAGAGACAGCCAUGGAACUCCGCCUCCAGUCGAUGUGGUCAACGGUCCUCAAAAUUCCACUCGAAUCAAUCGGGCGCGACGAUAGCUUCCUCCAAAUCGGUGGCGACUCUAUCCUCGCUAUCCAGCUGGUCUCUCUAGCUCGCGAAUCAGGAGUCUCCUUCAAGGUCAAAGACAUUUUCGAUGACUCUCGCCUGUCUACAUUGGCGGCCAAAGCCACUGAAAUCGACGGGGAUAUCGUGGAGGAUACUAUUGAGCCUUUUGAAUUGAUUUCGCACGAGCAAAAGGAACUGAUACUUUCCAGCAGCGUCAGAGAGAAAUACGCUCUGUCCGACAAUCAACAAAUCAUUGACGCGUACCCUUGUACGUCAAUCCAGGAGGGAAUGGUUGCCCUCGCGGAGAAGCAGCCGGGAUCUCAUAUGGCCAAGUACGUCUACCGCCUCGCCGAUGAUGUCGAUGUCAACCGGUUCAAGGCUGCCUGGGAGAAGACUGUCCAAUCCUGUAGCAAUCUGCGAACUCGGAUUGUUCAAUUAAACGGAAAAGCAAUUCAGCUUGUCCUUGACAACGAGAGUGAAUGGGAUUCCCCCGACAAAAAUGAUGUCUCUUCAUCCAUCAAGAGUAUGUCUCAGCCGCCAAUGGGAUUCGGAAGUCGCCUCAGUCGGCAUGGCCUCGUUAGCAAAAACAACGUCCACUAUUUCACAUGGGUCAUACACCACUCCAUCUACGAUGGGUGGUCCUCCCAACUGAUCCUGCGAACCCUAUUUGCUCUUUAUGAGAACAGCCAGCCAGCAUCUUUGUAUCCCUACUCUGGCUUCAUCAAGUACACUAUGGGCGUCGGGGAAGAUGCCUCACGCGAGUAUUGGACCAGUCAACUGCAAGAUUCAAAACGGUCCUCAUGGCCGCCGAUGGUGCCUCGAUCUGGGUUACGGACAGAUAACCCAACGAGGGUUCUAGAGAAAACAAUCCACUUCCCCAAGACUACCAGCACGUCCAUCACAAAGGCUACCAUCGUUCGCGCAGCUUGGGCAAUUGUGCUCGCUAAAUAUUCUGAGACAAGUGAUAUCUGUUUCGGUACGAGUGUGUCUGGCCGCCAAGCCCCCGUUGCUCAUCUUGGAGACAUGCCUGGGCCGGCCAUCGCAACAGUCCCAGUCCGUAUCAAGAUCGAUGGGCAGCAGUCAAUUUACAACCAUCUAAAGCAAGUCCAGAACCAGGCCAUUGACAUGGUUCCCUAUGAGCAAUAUGGAUUACAAAACAUCUCCAAGUUGGGCCGUGACGCUGAAGAGGCGUGUGGUUUCUCUUCCUUGCUUGUCGUACAACCUACGCAACAACUAGCCAGCAUUGGAGGCCAAGCGUACUCUAUACUUGGAGCCGCAGAUGAUGCUGACAACAUGAGCAUGGAGGAUUCCAUGGAGGGUUACUUCACAUAUCCUCUAGUCUUCCAAGGCCGAAUUUCCGAAGAUGCAGCAGAGCUGAUUGCCAUCUAUGAUAGCGAUAUCCUGAGCGAGAUGAGGAUACUGGCUAUGAUCAACCACUACAAUUUUGUCGUGCAACAACUCAUCACCGAAAGUGACAAGACAGUCGGCUCUAUUAACCUCGCGGGAGAUUGGGAUUUACAAAAGUCUCUAGAGUGGAACAAUCACCAAACUGAACUGGUUGACCGCUGCUUCCAUGAAAUGUUCGAAGAACGAGCCGCGAUCCAGCCUGAGGCGAUGGCCAUUGACUGUUGGGAUGGAAAACUAACCUAUAGCCAACUCAACAGCGCGGCAAACCGACUCGCCCAUCACCUUUUGAGGUCUUACGAUAUCAAGAGUCAAGAUCUGAUACAUGUUUGCUUUGAAAAGUCUGCCUGGUACUACGUCUCCAUUCUCGCUAUUAACAAGGCUGGUGCUGCCUGGGUCCCUCUUGAUCCCGCCCAUCCUGAAGAGCGGAAGAGACAAGUUACAAAGCAGACAGAAGCUAAGCUUGCGCUUUCUUCCCCUCAAAGCGCUCACUUGGUCUUGCCACUGGUCACCACAGUUGUGGAGGUUAGUUCGCAACUCGACCAGGAGAUUCUCAAUUCGCCCGAGUGCAGCGAUCAGAACCCAGGCGUUGCAGUCUCUCCCAGCGAUGUUGCAUACGUGCUCUUUACAUCAGGCAGCACGGGUACACCGAAGGGGUACAUCAAUGAACACAGGUCAUUGUGUACCAGUCAAACAAACAUCCCUCGCAGCCUAGGUAUUCCCACAACCUCACGGACACUUCAAUUUGCAUCCUAUGUAGUUGAUUUCGCCAUCGCUGAGCUUGCAAGUACAUUGCUGCAUGGCGGCUGCUUGUGCGUUCCUGACGACGAAACAAGAAUGGAUGGACUCGUCAAAUUCAUCAACGACACCAACGUUAACUGGGUCUUCCUUACCCCAUCGUUCUUCCAGACGAUGCGUCCUGAUCAACUGCCUAACCUCGAAGUGGUUGUACUUGCUGGUGAAGCCGUAUCUCAAGACCUCCUCGAUGCCUGGUUUGGUAAAGUCCGAUUAGUCAAUCUCUGGGGCCCUGGUGAAGUCAUCGUCGGAACAACAUGGUAUGAGUACACUUCUGCGAAAGACAUCCCAACCAAUAUCGGACGUCCCGUAUGCGGUCAUACAUGGCUUGUUGACCCUGAAGAUGCUACAAAGCUGGCACCAAUCGGAACAAUCGGAGAAAUUGUUAUUCAGACACCCACAAUGCUACGCGAGUAUCUGAAGAACCCCGAGAAAACAAAAGAGGCAAUCAUCACAGACCUCCCAAGUUGGGUCCCACGCCGUACUGAGCCAUCGUGGGAUCGUAUAUACAAGACAGGAGAUCUGGCGUGCUAUACUGCUGACGGUUGCCUUGAUUUCGUAUCACGGAAGGACACACAGGUGAAAAUCCGCGGAUUACGUGUUGAACUCGGCGAAGUUGAGUAUCACAUCCGCGAAACCCUGCCCGACGUACGGCAAGUUGCUGUCGACGUGUUCAAGACAGAUAUCAGCGUGAACCUAGUUGCCUAUUUCAGUUACAGUGAUACAAUGCGGCCUCAAGUCGCCGCUGAUGUAUUCCUUCCACUCGACUCCAAGCUUCGAGAGGCCAUCGCCGAGCUAGCAGGCAAGCUGGAUGUUGUGCUUCCAGCAUACGAGGUUCCAACAAUGUACAUUCCUUGCGCCUACAUGCCAGCCAACGCCUCGGAGAAGUUGGAUAGAAUUGCAUUGAAAUCUCUGACAUCCGAUUUGAGUCACGAUCGACUGACAAUGUAUUCACUUUCCAGCACUGAGAAGCGAGCACCUGAAACGGAUAUGGAAAGGAACUUGCAGCUUAUGUGGUCUCAACUGCUCCGUGUGCCUCCCGAGCAGAUUGGACGUGAUGACAGUUUCCUUCGCAUUGGAGGAGAUUCAAUUCUAGCAAUCCAGCUUGCAUCUAUGGCCCAAGAACAGGGUAUACGGAUCACGGUGGCCAACAUUUUCAAAGACGCCCGCCUUUCUGCGCUGGCCAAAGCAGCCGCGAAUGGCGCUGAGUAUGCUGCCACUGAUGUAAAACCUUUCAGUAUGCUUCCAUCCGAAAUUUCUGCUACAGAUGUAUCAAUCGAGAUCCAAAAACAAGGCGGCCUACCCAACCUUCCAGAGUUAGAGGACGCAUUCCCAACGUAUUCCUAUCAAAACUCAAUGAUGGACCUUACCCACAGACUCGCGGGAGCGUACGUGACCAAGCGUGUGUGGAGACUUCCUAGCCACGUUGACGUGCAGAGGUUCAAGGAGGCAUGGGAUAGAACCGUGCAAUACUUCCCUAAUCUAAGAACCCGCAUCCUUCUUGUGGAUGGCUCGGAAAUUCAAGCCGUUGUGAAGGGUAGGCAAGAUUGGGAAGAUUCAAAGGGAUUAGGUGUCAGGGAUUUCAUUCAUGAAUCUGGUAUCGCUUUCAACAUGGGACGUGGCAGUUGCUUAUCUCGCUAUGCCAUUAUUGAAGAAGCGGGCGAAACCUUCUUUGUCUGGAUUCAGCAUCACACGAUCAUGGACGGUUGGUCUCUUAACAUGCUUCUUGCCGGGGUUCACGCUAUGUAUCAUGGUACAAUGCCCGCUCCAAUCAACAGCUUCGCCAACUUUGUCCAAUAUGCCAAUGGAAUCGAUCAAGAUGCUGCCGCAUCCUACUGGAAGAAUACCCUGAAAGGUGUCAAACAAGUCACUUGGCCUAAGCCCAUCACCUCUGAGACCCCUCUUCGUGGUGUUACAGACACCAAGACGCGGACGAUUCAUAUCCCAGAUAGCCCUGACUCUUCUCUAACUCUGGGAACCGUCGUUCUCGGCGCAUGGGGCUUUGCUCUUCGACACUUUGACAGCAAAGAUGACAUUUGCUUCACUCGCACAUCAUCUGGUCGUCAGGCCCCUGUGCACGGUAUUGACACCACGCCUGGCUUCUGUACCCAGGCUGUUCCUACACGCAUCCGGUUCAACAAAGAUCAAACUAUAUUAAGCCUUCUCACUGAUCUACAGAAUCAAUGCUCUGAGUCAGUCCCCUUUGAGCACUUUGGCACAAAAAAGAUUGCACAGAUUCUGCCAGAGGCUGCGCCAGCCCUGCUUCAGUCCAGCAGUUUGAUUAUUCCACAGCCGGUCCGCGCUUCGGGAACUGGUGAAGAGACAUCUGCAGCGAGUUUGCUCGCUCCUGCGCUAGACAAGUGGGCCGUGGAUGAUAUCCUAGAUGGAUUCAGACUGGUUCCUCUCUGCUCCAACUUCUUCCUGAAGGAAGACACGGUUGACAUUGUUUCGAACUACAAUAGGGAAGUCAUUAGCAGCACCGAGAUUGAAACGCUCUAUGACUAUCUCGAGGCGAUCAUUGUUGGUAUUUGCAGUCAUUCAGAUCUUACAGUUGGCAAUCUUCUUGAGAGGUUGAACUUGGAAUAG